GGGCGAUAUAUAGGGGCAGUGGGCGAUAUACAGGGGCAGUAGGAUGUGUACAGGGCCGGGUAUACGAGCAGUACAGGGUGACAGCUCUCACCCAUCCAUCCCGCCAGCUGAUCGGAGCUCUAUUGCUCCUGCCUGCCCGCGGCCUGAGCCAAUGUGCGAGCUCCACGCCGAGCCCGGAGCUCCAGUAAGCAGUCACCAUGGCAACCAAGCACCGGCGGCGGGGACGGGUACCGGGAGAAAGCGGGGAUGUGGGGCCCAGGCCGAGGGAGAAAACCGGGUGAGAACGGGCGGUGUAAUGGAGGGGGGACACAGGGCGAGACGGCAGGAAAGAGGGAGAUACCGGGUGUAACAAGGAAUAGGGGGGACACAGGGGUAAAAAGGCACUCCAGGGGGCAAUAGGAAAUAAGGGGGGUCACAGUACAGAGCAGAGGAAUAAAAGGGUCACGGGGUAAGGGAUAAAAUAAUGAAAGGAGGGGUAAACAGUGAGGGGUAAUAGAAUGAAAAGAGGGGGUAACAGUGAGGGGUAAUAGAAUGAAAGGAGGGGUAAUAGAAUGAAAGGAGGGGUAAACAGUGAGGGGUAAUAGAAUGAAAGGAGGGGGUAAACAGUGAGGGGUAAUAGAAUGAAAGGAGGGGUAAACAGUGAGGGGUAAUAGAAUGAAAGGAGGGGGUAAACAGUGAGGGGUAAUAGAAUGAAAGGAGGGGUAAACAGUGAGGGGUAAUAGAAUGAAAGGAGGGGGUAAACAGUGAGGGGUAAUAGAAUGAAAGGAGGGGUAAACAGUGAGGGGUAAUAGAAUGAAAGGAGGGGGUAAACAGUGAGGGGUAAUAGAAUGAAAGGAGGGGUAAACAGUGAGGGGUAAUAGAAUGAAAGGAGGGGGUAAACAGUGAGGGGUAAUAGAAUGAAAGGAGGGGUAAACAGUGAGGGGUAAUAGAAUGAAAGGAGGGGGUAAACAGUGAGGGGUAAUAGAAUGAAAGGAGGGGUAAACAGUGAGGGGUAAUAGAAUGAAAGGAGGGGGUAAACAGUGAGGGGUAAUAGAAUGAAAGGAGGGGUAAACAGUGAGGGGUAAUAGAAUGAAAGGAGGGGUAAACAGUAAGGGGUAAUAGAAUGAAAGGAGGGGUAAACAGUGAUGGGUAAAAGAAUGAAAGAGCAGGUAAACAGUGAGGGGUAAGAUAAUGAAAGGAGGGGUUAACAGAGAGGGGUACAAUUUUUAAACUAGAGGAUAAACAACAAUGGAUAAAAGGAGGGGUUAAACAGUGAAAGGUAAAAGAAUGAAAGGAUGGGUAAAAAGAAGAAGAUGGGAAACUGUGAGAGGUGAAAGAAAUAAAAAAUACGGUAAACAACAAUGGGCAAACUAAUGAAAGGAGAGGAUAAACAGUAAUGAGUAAAUUAAUGAAAUGAAAAGAUACAUAGUAAGGAGUAAAACCAUGAAUGGAAAGGAUACUCAGUAAGGAAAAAAUGAAUGAAAAAAGGGGAUAAACAGCAAGGAGAAAAAGAAUGAAAGGAGAGUGUUUACUGUAGUGGGUAAAAUAAUGAAUGGGAAAAAUAGACAGUAAGGAGUAAACGAAUGAAAUAAGAAAACAAACACUAAAUGAUUAAAGAAUGCAAAGAGGGGUAAAAUAAUGAAAGGCGGGGAUACACAAUAAUGGGGGGGAUGAAAGUAGGGGUACAGGAGUGAAAGGAGGAGAUUUAUUGUAAGGGGUACUACUAAGAGGUUAACGUCAUUAAAUAAGGGUGUAACUAGGGUCAACGUUGUAAGAAUUUUUUUCCACCAUGUAAGUGUGUUUUGCUUGGUGAUUGGCAAUCAAUGGAACUAUGCCCUGCCUGCCACCUUGGGAUCACUGUGGCUGAAGAGCCUGCUCGGCGAGGUCCAGCAAGGCAAAUAAAAUGUUACACUGAGCUUCACUGCAGCACUGGGACUUGGGACAUUUAGGGUUUAGGAACACUAUAGUGGUAGGAAUACAAACACUUACCUUUUAGCCCUUGCUGCGUCGGUCACCUACUUGGCAGGGAUCAUCAGUCUUGAUCAUCUCAGCCAGUCCAAUGCCCUGGCCAAUCAGCAUCUCCUCAUAGAGAUGAAUUGAGUCAAUGCGUCUCUAUGGUGAGCGUUCAUUGUCCCCAUGCAGAGCGUGUAGAUGCUGAACGUUGGUUCUGCAGUCUUUGAAGCACUGAACCCAGGAAGUUAUUCUAGUGGCUGUUGAAGUUACAGCCAGUAGCGUGGGUCAUAGACACAGUGUAAACACUGCAUUUUCUCCGAAAUGGCAGCGUUUAUACUGCUGACCCUGUAUCAGGCUAAAUGAUCCAGAACCACUACCUUAAGCUGCAUUCUUUCUGGUAACUAUAGUAUCUCUUUAAAAGGAGGGUUAAAUAUAAAUUAAUUUAGCCUCACUCAAUUCUUAUUCUAACCCAGAAGUAAAACUAAAAGGUGUAAAUAAUCUCUAAAAUCUAAAUAAUAAUAAUAAUUAAUAAAUAAAUACUUCCUAACUCUAACCAUACUUUUCGCUCUCACCUUAACCCUAAAUCUCAGUGCUUUAGUGAAGUGACUAAUUGUAAAGCUCAGUGUAACUUUACUUACCUUGCAGCAUCUCGCCAAGCAGCCUCUUUAGCCAAACUGAUUCCGAGGAGGCAGGCAGAGCAGAGUUCUGAUGAAAACUGGACUUAGUCCUUAAGCCAACAUGUUAAAACUUUAGUGCGAUGCCCACCCCUCCUCAAGUGUCAGUAUAUGCGUAAUAUAAUAACAUGGGUGCCUGUGUGUGCGAUUAAAUAAGUGAGCAUCCAAGCGCCACUCAAUACCUGAACGUUUGCUGGGUGAGAUGAAAAUUAAUUUUCUCUUUUUUUUCUCUCUCCAUUAGCUGGUGGGUGGAAUUAGAGGGACAGUAUAGUCACCAGAACAACUACAGCCUAUUGUAGUUGUUCUGGUGAGUAUAUUAUGUCUCUGCAAGCUUUUUGCAGGAAACACUGUCUUUUCAGAGAAAAAGCAGUGUUUACAUUACAGGCGAGGGACACCUCCAGUAGCCUGGGGCAGUCAUUCAGGACAUUCAGAGUCUCCGCCCUCUGCAUAAAGCCACUGAACUUUCCUCAUAGAGAUACAUUGAUUCACUGCAUUUCUAUGAGAAGAUGCUUAGUUUGGCUCCGCCCCCUGACAUGCCCCCUUGGGUGAGAUCAUCAGACUGGACAAUCUCAGCCAAUCCAAUGCUUUCCUAUGGGAAAACAUUUUGAUUGGCUGAGAUCAUCACUUCUGAAGAUCUAAGCCAAGGUCGUAGAUCAGGGGCAGAGACAAACACAGCAGACUGGAAUAAAGGUAAGAUUUUAUCAUAUUAAUGGAGGCAGGGGAAGGCCAUGGGGGGCUGGAUAGUGUUUAGAACACUAUAGGGUCAGGAAUACAUGCUUGUGUUCCCAACUUUACUUGUCGUUAUCUACUACAUUUCUGUGCUUCCAGUUAUUCAUUGUUAUUUUUAAUGAAUGUAUAUAUUUUUUUGUCAAUCUUUCUUUUAUUGGGGCAGGUGUUAAAUGGGGUACAGAAAAAAAGAAGAGAGGAUGUACGUUUUCCAUACCGAUUGGGAUCACAUAACACAAUGCAACAUCUCCUAUGAGGGAGAGACUCGUUUUAUAUUAAUUAAGUGUAACAUGCUAACAUAAACAGUAGUUUAGGCCAGGGCCGGCGCGUCCAUAAGGCGGCACAGGCGGCCGCCUUAGGGCGCACGGGCUCUGGGGGCGCAAUAUUUCAGUAACCGGCAGGAGGGAAGCUCUCCCUCCUGCCCGGCCACCAUCUCGACCCCCGGCGCAGCGCGCGGCAGUGCUGUGAUCAGGCGCGCGAGGGAGCUCUAAUCUCCACCCUCUGCUCCCUCGCGCGCUGCCUACUGAUGCCGCGGGAGCCGGAACAUGACGUCAUCAGUAGGCAGCCCGCGAGGGAGCAGAGGGUGGAGAUUAGAGCUCCCUCGCGCGCCUGAUCACAGCACUGCCGCACGCCGCCCAGCAACCCCAGGGACCGAUCCAGCAUCCACACCAGCUCUCCAGGUAGGGAGGCUGUGUGGAAAAUGUUUAUUUAUAAAAUUAGUAGUGAAUGUAUGUGAUGUGUGUCUGUGUGUGUGCGUGUCUGUGAGUGACAGCGUGUGUGCGUGUCUGUGAGUGACAGCGUGUGUGCGUCUCUGUGAGUGACAGCGUGUGUGCGUCUCUGUGAGUGACAGCGUGUGUGCGUCUCUGUGAGUGACAGCGUGUGUGCCUCUGUGAGUUGUAGCGUGCCUCUGUGAGUGACAGCGCAGGUGCUGCCUGUGAGUGACACAGCUGUGCGCGCCUCUGUGAGUGACAGCGCAGGUAAAGGCUCUGUGAGUGACAGCGCAGCGCUCUCUGUGAGUGACAGCGCAGUGCUGCCUCAGGAGUGACAGCUGGAAGGCCUCUGUGAGUGACAGCGUGUGUGCGUCUCUGUGAGUGACAGCGUGUGUGCGUCUCUGUGAGUGACAGCGUGUGUGCGUCUCUGUGAGUGACAGCGUGUGUGCGUCUCUGUGAGUGACAGCGUGUGUGCGUCUCUGUGAGUGACUGUAUGCGUGUGCGUCUCUGUGAGUGACUGUAUGCGUGUGCGUCUCUGUGAGUGACUGUAUGCGUGUGCGUCUCUGUGAGUGACUGUAUGCGUGUGUGUCUGUGAGUGACUGUAUGCGUGUGUGUGUGUGAGUGACUGUAUGCGUGUGUGUGUGUGAGUGACUGUAUGCGUGUGUGUGUGUGAGUGACUGUAUGCGUGUGUGUGUGUGAGUGACUGUAUGCGUGUGUGUGUGUGAGUGAUUGUAUGCGUGUGUGUGUGUGAGUGAUUGUAUGCGUGUGUGUGUGUGAGUGAUUGUAUGAGUGUGUGUGUGUGAGUGAUUGUAUGAGUGUGUGUGUGUGAGUGAUUGUAUGAGUGUGUGUGUGAGUGAUUGUAUGAGUGUGUGUGUGAGUGAUUGUAUGAGUGUGUGUGUGUGAGUGAGUGUAUGUGUGUGUGUGAGUGAGUGUAUGAGUGUGUGUGUGUGAGUGAUUGUAUGAGUGUGUGUGUCUAAGUGACUGAGCGUGUGUCUGUGAGUGACUGUGUGUGUCUGUGAGUGACAACAUGUGUGUCUGUGAGUGACAGCAUGUGUGUCUGUGAGUGACAGCAUGUGUGUCUGUGAGUGACAGCAUGUGUGUCUGAGAGUGACAGCAUGUGUGUCUGAGAGUGACAGCAUGUGUGUCAGAGUGACAGCAUGUGUGUCUGAGAGUGACAGCAUGUGUGUCUGAGAGUGACAGCAUGUGUGUCUGAGAGUGACAGCAUGUGUGUCUGAGUGACUGAGUGUGUGUGUGAGUGAGUGAUUGUAUGAGUGUGUGUGUGUGUGUCUGAGUGACUGAGCGUGUCUGUGAGUGACAGUGUGUGUGUGUGUGUGUCUGUGAGUGACUGUGUGCUUCGGUGUGUGUCUGUGAGUGACAGUGUGUGUUUGUGAGUGAGUGACUGUCUGUGUGUCUGUGAGUGAUUGUAUGAGUGUGUGUGCAUGUGAGUGUAUGAGUGUGUCUGUCAGUGUAUGAUGAGUGUGUGUCUGUCAAAUCAGUGAGAGUAUGUUUGUCAUUGAGUCUGUGUGUGACUAUCAGUGUGUCUGUCAAUGAGUGUCAAUCAGUGUGGGUCUGUCAGUGUCAAUGAAUGAGUGUGUGUCAGAUCAAUGAGUCUGCGUCUGUCAGUGACGUCUGUGUGUUUGUCAUUGAGUGUGUGACUGUCAGUGUGUACAGAGUGUAGCGGAGCAGAGCGCGGUACAGGAACUUCUGUUUCCUGUACCUGGCCAGACUGACAGGAGGUGCUCACAGAGAGAGCACUCCCUGUCAGUCCGUCCGGGUACAGAAAACUGAAGCUCCUUUAGGGGAUCUGCUCCACUCGGCAAUGCAACAAUAGAGGUAGGAGGCACACACCAGGAAGUGUGACCACUAAAGGGGUGGGGGUGCACCAAGGGACAGGGAGGGAAUGGGAGAGAAACACCAAGAGACAGGGAAAAAAGGGGGGAGGGGGAAAGGGGGGAGGGGAGAAGAACACUAAGGGACAGGGAACGGAAGGGACCACUAAUGGUCGAGAGGAGGGGAGAGGGGCUGGUUUAGAGGCACAUAGGUGAAGAUUUUGGGGGGGGGGGCGGAAAAAUGCAUCUUCGCCUAUGUACCUAAAAAUCCAAGCACCGGCCCUGGUUUAGGCAAUGGGUGCAGGGGUUAAUUACUGAUUACUCAUAUGGUAUUGUUCAUGAGUACAACAUAACCGAUUAAACCUGCUGUAUGUUAGACAACUCGGAUUCUGUUUCGGUACUUAUUAGCAUGACAUAUUCUUGCAGCAGAACAAGUUAAGUGUUUAUAUUAGCAUGACAAGAAGCUGCCACAGUUGCUCUACUGUCAAACGUAUUUACGAAGGCCAUACUUCGUUGUAUAGUGUUAUAGUGAGGGGAGGCAGGCAUAUUGCAUGAUGUGCAGAGCGUAUCAUAAAUAAACUGAUAACAUAGGGCAGGCUGCAUCUACAUUGAACGUUUAAACAAUUAACCCAUCUAUGGCACCCAGAGUGGACUGUCAGUAAGCAUGCUUAACUCUACAAUGGCAGAUAGUGAAAUUACAAGCAAUGGAUCUUAAAAUCCGUUUGGUACCAUGGUGAUAUAUCAAAAGUAAAUUACCCCAGGCUAAACAUACAUGAGAGUAGAGACACCGAACUUGCAUUGUGACUAGUUAUUUAUGUGUGUCGCUGGCCCCCCUUUCCACGUGUAUAGGCCGCAUGUCGGGCAACUAUAGGCCAGUAAGCCUUACUUCAGUAGUGGGGAAAGUGAUGGAAACCAUGUUAAAGGAUAGGAUUGAUGAACAUCUAAAAACACAUGGAUUUCAAGAUCAGAGACAACAUGGGUUUACUUCAGGGAGAUCAUGCCAAACUAAUCUUAUUGAUUUUUUGAUUGGGUAACUAAAAUUAUAGAUCAGGGUGGUGCAGUAGACAUUGCUUACCUAGAUUUCAGUAAGGCUUUUGACACUGUUGCACAUAGAAGGCUUAUCAAUAAACUGCAAUCUUUAAGUUUGGAUUCAAAUAUUGUUGAAUGGGUAAGGCAGUGGCUGAGUGACAGGCAACAGAGGGUUGUAGUUAAUGGAAUAUAUUCGAAGCUUGGACUUGUCACCAGUGGGGUACCUCAGGGAUCUGUACUUGGACCCAUUCUCUUUAAUAUUUUUAUUAGUGCUAUUGCAGAAGGUCUUGAUGGUAAGGUAUGUCUUUUUGCUGAUGAUACUAAGAUAUGUAACAGGGUUGAUGUUCCAAGAGGGAUAAGCCAAAUGGCAAAUGAUUUAGGUAAACUAGAAAAAUGGUCAGAAUUGUGGCAACUGACAUUUAAUGUGGAUAAGUGCAAGAUAAUGCAUCUUGGACGUGAAAACCCAAGGGCAGAGUACAGAAUAUUUCUAACCAUAUGAGGAAAGGGAUUUAGGGGUGAUUAUUUCUGAUGACUUAAAGCAGAAAUGUAGAGGCAGAGCAGAAAUGUAAGUAAAGUAUUGUACACAGUACUGGAGACCGUAUCUUCAGAAGGAUAUUGAUACCUUAGAGAGGGUUCAGAGAAGGGCUACUAAACUGGUUCAUGGAUUGCGGGAUAAAACUUACCAGGAAAGGUUAAAGGAUCUUAACAUGUAUAGCUUGGAGGAAAGAUGAGACAGGGGGGAUAUGAUAGAAACAUUUAAAUAUAUAAAGGGAAUCAACACAGUAAAGGAGGAGACUAUAUUUAAAAGAAGAAAAACUACCACAACAAGAGGACAUAGUCUUAAAUUAGAGGGACAAAGGUUUAAAAAUAAUAUCAGGAAGUAUUACUUUACUGAGAGGGUAGUGGAUGCAUGGAAUAGCCUUCCAGCUGAAGUGGUAGAGGUUAACACAGUAAAGGAGUUUAAGCAUGCGUGGGAUAGGCAUAAGGCUAUCCUAACUAUAAGAUAAGGCUAGGGACUAAUGAAAGUAUUUAGAAAAUUUGGCAGACUAGAUGGGCGGAAUGGUUCUUAUCUGCCGUCACAUUCUAUGUUUCUAUGUUUCUAUGUUGGAGCCGAGCGGAAUUGGGUGAGAUAUUCACACAUUUGGUAUCUAUCGAUUUGUCUCGGGUUCCUCAGUCCUUUAACAGCCAGUGUGAGUCCGAGUGUAGCUUAGUUCUGUAAAAAUUUAGCUAAGAUAGUCGUUUGUUCCAGGAGCUCUCGCUGCUUGCAUCCGCUCAGCUCGGCGGUCAGGCCCCGUCCCCUCAAUGAAUGUAUUUAACCACUAUUUAUUGUAUACAUUUUAUUCUUUUUGGUGAUAACAUUUCUUUUCAUCAAAUGUGUGCCAACCUCCCUUCUCCCUCUCCCCUCCCCACCAUGAUUCCUUGUCCAUCCUAGAACUAAAUACCUUCAUCUUUGUUCUUUUUCCAUUCCUGUUUAGAGGCCUCCAACUAACCUAACCAACCAACAGAAAAAAAGAGAAACUUCAUUUUCACUAAAUUAUUAAUCCACGACCCCGCUUCAGUCUUACUUAGUUUAGAGCAUGCUUCUUCAGUUUAUCGAGAUUUCACUCAAUUACCAUUACAACUUAUCAAUGGCUCAAAUUAUACUUUAAUUCUCUCUGGCCAUCACCUUUAAAUUACCCAUGCUACAUAUUGUCUUAUCUUCCCAUUUCAACCCUUAUAAGUUUACAGGUAUUUAACUGAGGCCUUGCGUUAAUAGUUUUGGAUAAACAUUUCAAAUGAUCACAAUCGGUUAGAAAAACUGUUCAGAUAUUUCAUCUACAGACGUCACCGUUAAAGUCAAUGGAAAUUUCUGAAGAUAAAUCAUUUGAUAAGUUUUUCUAACAGAUUGUGAUCAUUUGCAACGCUUAUUCAUAAAUAUAAAAUCAAGACCUAAGUUAUUUGUAUAAAAGAGCUUUUUAAAAUAAAGUAUCUGUAUAUAUGUAAGUGUGUAUAACCUGUGUGUAGCCGUGUUAAUUUUCUUUUUAAUAAUAUAAAACACAUACAAAUUUUAUUUUCAUUUUUUCCAUGUAAAGGAUUAAAAAGUCUAGGCCUCGAAGUACAUCAUGGCAGAAGUUCAUUGUUGGCGGUAUCCUGUGUGUUGCUGGAAGUUUAGUUGGUGGAUUACUUGUUUGGCAUCACCAGAGCAGCGUUGGCAUGGAAGUUUUGGCAGCGCAGCGUGAGACGCUAGAUCAUCGAUUCUACCAGGUGCCCUGCUCAGAGGAUUACAAUAACCACAGGAGGUUUGCUGGUAAUGCUUGUGUAACGUGAAACUAACAGACUAAUAGUGAUCGCAGAGCACUUUGCCAAGUUUAUACACAGCUUUGUAACACACUUUAAAAUUGACAAUAGAUUUUAACAGUGUUAGGAUGGAAAAAUAGCUGAGUUGAAAACUUCUCCAAUUCAGAAAUGUUGACAUAAGAGCUGUUCAAGUCUCCACAAUUCUGAAGUUUACCCAAGCCCAUACAAUAUUCAGGUACAAAUCGAGCACAGGGGCCUGCAUGUGGCCCUUUAACGCCAUGAAGUAGGUUGGCGAGAUUUCCUCAGCCAUACUGCAUUUGCAGGUUUCUGACAUGAUGGCUCAGUUGACUGUCCCAUAACAUGGCAGCGCUGAGAGGAGAUAUGGAACAUGCAGUGUGCACAGGGGAGAUUGGGGCAGAAAACCUGUUUAAGCUAGCUAGAUCCUGUAAAACCACUCCAAAAGGUAAACGUAAACAAAAAUAAUAUGGAUCUUGUUAAAGGAACACUAUCGAAUCAGGAACACAAACAGGUAUUCCUGACCCUAUAGUGUUAAAAACACUGUCUAGCCCCCCUUGCCUCCUAAAUAUAGAAAAUCUUACUUGUAUUUAAGUAAGCUGCUGCCUCUGCCCCUAAACUGUCUGCUGACCUCAUCAGAAGUGAUUCUGUGAGCCAAUCACAUGCUUUCCCAUAGGAUUGGCUGAGACGGUCAAGGAGGCAGAUCAGGGGCAGAGCCAGCACAAGUCAAACACUGCCUGGCCAAUCAGCAUGUCCCCAUAGAGAUGAAUUAAAUCAGUGCAUCUCUACAAGGAAAGUUCAGUGUCUGCAUGCAGAGGAGACACUUAAUGGCAGUGCGGCUCACUGUGCAAGACUGCCCCAGGAAGAACCUCUAGCAGCCAUCUAAGAAGUGGCCAGUGGAGUUAUUACUAGGCUGUAAUGUAAACACUGCAUUUUCAGUAUCUCCUCAUAGAAAUGCAUUCAAUCAAUGAAUGUCAGUCACAUUGUGCAGCAUUGCCCCAGGAAGCACCUCUAGCAGUCAUCUGAGGAGUGGCCAACUGGGUUGUCCCUAGGCUGUAAUGUAAACACUGCAUUUUCUCUGAAAAGAUAGUGUUUACUGCAAAAAGCCUGAAGGGAAUGAUUCUACUAACCAGAACAAAUACAAUAAGCUGUAGUUGUUCUGGUGACUAUAGUGUCUCUUUAACACAACACUUCAAGCACCACAACUACUACACCUCGCUGGUGCCCUCCCGAAUUAAGUAGCGAAAGCAUCACUGGCAGUGUACAUCACAGUAAGGGGCAAGGUGUAUUUGUAUGUGUGUCAUUGUGUAUGUGAACAAGCAUGACAAUGUAUAACUUGGAAUGUACACUGUACAGCAAGCAUGUCAAGCCCGCGAGUUUAACAUGCUUACUAAGGCAGAGUAGGGACCUGCUCUCCCCACAUUGCAGGUGCCUACUCUGCUAGACUUUACCCGGCCAGGGAGGAGAGGUCGCUGGUGGUAGCGCGUGCCCUCUGUAGUGAUGCUGGGUUCCGGAAUAUGAUGUCAUUCCGGUACCUGGCAUCAUUAAACUGCGUGUGUGCGGGAGCAGUGAGGAGCAGGAAUGGAGACCUCCCGAUAGAAGAUCCCCACUGGACCCCAGGGAGAGGCCCCACACCAGCUCCCAAAGGUAGGGAACAAUAAAUAAAAGGAUGUGAGUGUGUGCAAGAAUGUGUGUGUGUGUGUGUCUGUCAGAGAGUGAGUGUGUGCGUCUUGUCAGUGUGUGUGUCUGUCUGUCAUUGUGUGUGUGUGUGUCAGUGAGUGUGUGUGUCUGCCAGUGAGUGUGUGUUGGUCAGUGUUGAGAUGGCCACGGCUGGACAGUGGAAGAACUGGAGGUGCACAGAGGCACGCAACGCCACAUCACAUUUAGACGUGACGUCAACGUGCUCCACCUUCACAGGGCUUUGGCACAGGGCGCCAUUGGGGGUAUACCAGAGGCUGGACUCCGGAGUCGCAUACUGGCAGCGGCAAUGUGAGUGGAGUCUGCUUGUUGGUUAAUGUUGUUGUUGUGUUUUUGUUUUUUAACAGAGGGGGGUGCUGGGAUUUAGUAGAGGGGGGGACUGGGGUUUAGUAGAGGGGGGGGGGCUGGGGUUCAGUAGCUAGCCUUUGAAUUUGACAUGCUUGCUGUACAGUGUAUAUCUGUGAAUCAUGUUUUGCCUCUGUAUUUGUCUGGGUGUGUAUGUGUAGCUUGGGAUGUGUGUCUAGGAGAGUAUGUCUGGGAGUGUGGGCCAGGGAGCUCUGCAGAUGUUUUUAUUUAGUUUUUUUAUGGGCCCCACUACUUCCAAUGGCGAUCCUUGCCUUACCUAUGAUUUGCCCCAGCUGUGGCUUAAAGAUAGAUAUUUAAUUGUUAUUUGAUAUUACAGCUGGGGAUUUACCUUUUGGCUACCCCUGCUUUAGACUCCAUUAAUUUGAAGAAAUGCCCCCAUCCCGAUUUAUAUAACCUUCUAUAGCUCGGUAGUUAACCUUCAGUGAUCUGAUUGGCAUGAUGUGCCUGCAGUCUCGCCGCUGUCUAUCAACAGAGGACAAGGAACUCAUGUCCAGCUAUCUGCUACUAAACAUGCAGUAAUACUGGGCCGCUGCCGUAUAUGACUUUAUCCAUUUUUACCAAGUGCCUCAUUUAGUUAACAUUGUUCUGGGCUUGGCAGGUGGUGUCACUGCUAAUCAGUUCGCAGCUUCAACUUCCUAACUAAACGAGCAAUUGUCAAGUAAUAUCUAAGCUCUGUUUGAAUAGUGGAAAUAGUUUUAUACAAUGCCAAAUCCAAACAGCCAGCGCGGUGCAGUACUGGUUAAUUAAUAAGCCAUUCUUUAGAAAACACGUCUCUAAUCAGGGACUGUGUUAAACUCUUGUUUGCGACUCCACUUCCGAUUCCUUUCGUCUCCAGCUGUUUAAAACACACUUAAGUUUGGUCUCCCAUAGCUCAUCUCUGCCUCCAUAGACAUUUAGUCAUUUCCAGAUUUCUCUUAAUCAACAGAAACAGCUUAGUAUCAGGGAAAUUGACGUUAAAUGAAAAGCCCCUGUGGAGAGCCCUAUUACUAUGUAUGUAGGAACAUUGAGUAGAGAGUCUGAGGUUUCACUGGAAAAAGCACCUUCACAGCAGCAAUCAAGAAGUGGGGGGUGAGGAGAUGAUAUUUGGCAGCUUUUAAUGUAUCAUUUAAAGGGAAUCUAUAACAUGAACAGGAUUGUAGGGCAUAAAAAACAAUUUUAUUGUAGUACAGAUGUAUACUACUUUUAUCCUGACGAAGAUUCAUUGUGAAACUCAUUAACCUUUGUCAAAGUGAUCUAUUUGCUUUACCGGUAUGCAUGGUAAAGUCAGUCUUUUUGUAAAAUGAGGCAACCUUGGCCCAUGAAGCUUACAAUCUAGUAAAAAGCUGUCUUCAAGAUUUUGUUUAAUGUUCUUUGUUGUAAUAUUUUAGUGGGGUAAUGUCCCAAUUAGUUGUCAAUAUUUAAACAAGUAAAUAUAUAUAUAUAUUUUAUUGAAUUACGAGCACAAACAAAAUGCUACCUAUUCACCUCAUAUUUGUGAAUGGUAAUUGUUGGUGCUCACAAAAUAAACUUGCCAGUCUGUCACAUGUGCAUUUUUCAUGGGGUAUAGAGCUGGCUGUAUCCCUUGAUCCUGAUUGCUUCUGACAGUGUUCAAUAACCUGUAAUUUCCAUUUGAUUAUAUUGUUGCCUGGGUGUCACACGUAAUGUGCCCUGCGCAGUAACCUGCUUUGUCAGAUGGGUAAACAAUGAAUAAGAUAAUAAGUUAGCAGAGUAGUAGCAGCGAUUGAAAAUGUAUGUGAUGUCUCCAUAUUCCUUCAUCCUUUUUUUCUUUCCUUAUCUCGGUGAACAGAGAGGAACACAUUGCAGGAUUCUACACUUGGACUAUGAUUAAACAGUUAGGGAAUGGUAGUCAGUGAGCAGAAAGGAGCUGUUUUGGUGCUUUGACAGCUGUGUGGGUGUACCCAAAACCAUUUUACAAAUUGACAAAUAAUGAGUUAACCAGUUACCCAUGUGGUACAGUGUCUCAUUCUCCCCUCGGUACCAGCUGCCCGUGUGCAGGAAGCAUACCUUACCUGCAGUUAUCAAGCUGCCUGGCUGACUCUGCUGGGGCCUCGGUGCACAGGUCUAAUGUUAUAGCUGGGAGUGUGAGAUCGGAGUGCAUUGCAUGUUAAUUAACUGAUUACACCUGGGUCCCAGCAGCAGUGUGUGUUUGUGUGGAAAGUAUGAGAAAACCGUUAUAUAGAGUAUCUGCUUCUCAUUAUUCCUGUUUAAAUAUUCCAUCCUUGUCGGAAGAUGGAAUUUAAUCUUAUGCAUGGUUGGACUUUGUUUUAGACUCAUUAUAUAGCUCCGGGGGAUUAUUUCACCCAAACAUGGCCGAGUGUCUUUAGUAUCACAGUCUGGGGCAGCUGAGCUCUGGGAAGUAACCUGACUAUGAUUGAGACCCUUGCAGCUGUUUAUUGUAUUUUGAUUUAACACUUCUAGCAGUCACUUGUUCAUUGGAUCUAGGGUUUUGUGUUCGCUAAUCAGCUUGCAAAUUUAAGACAGAAAUAACUAAAAAGCUGGUAACAAAAACCUCAAACUUAACAAUUGGAUAUUUCUUCCAGCCACUAUAAUUAUUGCAAACCCCCCCCAAAACUUAAUUAUUAAAACCUGUUUUUCUGGCUCUAGAGAAUCAUGGAGUGCCCCCCUUUCCAUGUCACUGAAGGGGUUAAAACCCCUUCAGCUACUUACCUGAAGUCAGCGCCGAUGUCCCUCGGCGCUGGGUCAGGCUCAGCUCAUGCGGAGGGGGAGACUUACUGCACAUGCGCGGCAAUGGCCGUGCGCGCAUUAGACCUCCCCAUAGGAAAGCAUUAUUCAAUGCUUUCUUAUGGGGAAAAUCGGAGGCUGAGGACGUCCAGCGUCAGGUAAUGGACCAAAAGUCCGUUUAGAUUCCGGAAGCGCCCCCAGUGGCUGUCUGGUAGACAGCCACUGGAGGCAGUCUUAGAGCCGAAGUGGUCUGGAUGCCUACAGUGUACCUUUAACACUCGUGAAAGCACUGCCUUCUCAGACUGUGUGUCUAAUUAUUAUUAUUAUUAUUUUAUUAUUUAUAUAGCGCUAGCAAAUUCCAUAGCGCUGUACAAUGGGUGCCUUCCUUGUUUAAGCAUGAUUACAACAUAUAUAUAUAUAUAUAUAUAUAUAUAUAUAUAUAUUAAUUCAAAUAUAUGUCAAAAAUUGCAUUAGAGGCCCAUAAGAAGUGUUUUUUUUUUUUUAUUAUUCUUUAUUUUUUCAUCUUGGCAGGAAAACAGCAAUAUAACAUUAGCAGAGAGUAUGUUGUAAAAUUCGUACAGCAUGUGACAUAGGUAGAUGCUAUACAGGUUAUGAUUUACACGGUUAGGUAUACUUGUUGCUGUCCGCCAAGGGUUUUUCACUUUCACAAAAAUCCGCAGUAUUGUAAGACAUGUGCAUAAAUGAACUUUGAUGGUUCCGCAAUACAGAUACCCAAACAUAGUCACAAAGUUGCAUGCGUACGUAAACUAUUCGAGAUGGGUAUUUGGUAUACCAAGCCACUGGCAGACCUGUGUCGUGUUGGAUGUCUCGCCUUGUAUAUCGUCCCCUUCGGAGAUAGGGGUAUUUCCAAGGAAGGAAAAGAAAAAAAGAUUGAAAAAGGGAGAGCGAAGAGAGUAGGGGAGUGUGGUAUAUUCGUUGUUCAGUGAUUUGCAUCGGGUGAGCGGGCCUCGGGGGAUGGGGGACGGAGCGGUCACCAGGCAUUCCCCGGGACGGAGCAGUGGUCUCAGUCUUGACCCAAUGUGCUGUCAUCCCAUGGAUCCCAAAUCUUAUGGAAUGUUUUAGUGGACCCUCUCACUCUAGCUGUCAGGUCGUCCAUUAGUCUCGUCUCUCUAAUUCUAGCCAUGAUUUCCGUCACGCUUGGGAUUUUUUGUUGCAGCCAGGAGGCUGCUGCUGCCUUCCUGAUAAGAAGUGGUUUUUUUUUUUUGCAACAUAUAACAAGAACAAUCAAGCAACAAAAUGAGUUUGGAUCACUUUUACAUCACCACACAUCUAGUCAAAGCCGUUGUCCAACAAUAUAGUGGGACAUUGAUCGCAAACAUUUGCAUGCCAGGCGUAGCUGUAUUGUGAACUGCAGUUAUAGCUAAGUUUGCUCAGCUAAUACCUUUUAUGUAGUUUUUUUUGUGUGAUUUCUAUCUACCCAGUUUCUUCCUGAAUCUGUCUACCGCCUUCAGUUCCUGCCCGGCUAGUCUGUCUCCUGUUCAGUCUCAGUUUGUCUAUCUCUUCCUUCCCCUGUGCAUUCUGCAUCUAUCUGUCUCCUCUGUGACCAGCUCAGUCUCCGACUGUCUGUCCAGCUCCUCAAUAUCUUAUUCACUAAAUGCAAAACUGUAGUACAUUUGAAUCCAAAUCCCAAUUGACUAAAGUCCUAGAUCUGCUAUUUUAAAAUACAUUUUGGCAUUUGGAUUUUUAUUUGCUACAAUUUGGAGUUAAGUAAAUAGCCUUGUUAGUCUGUGUCUGUCUCCCCUGUUUCAUGUCAUUCUGUCUCUCCAAUCUCAUGCCCUUCGUCUCGGAAUCACAUUGCUCCUUCUGCAUUAUUGAUCAAAACUUCUGUGUGUGGAUAUUUCAUAGAAACGUUGAUCCACAAGUUCACAUAUGCCUUUUUAUUUUUUCCUUUUUAUUUCAAUCUUUCUUAUGUCUGUUCCCUGUAUAUUGAGCAAAGACCUCUGCUUAUUCCAUGAAGAAAUUUAAAUCUGUGUAUGCUUUCUAGGUGUUAAAUCUGUGUCAGAUUCUGCAGGCUAGCUCAGUGUACCUUCAUUCUCUAACCUAUAGCUCUCAUACAGUCCAUACUAUUAUAUAACUCAAUUUGUUUGAUUUGUACAUCAAUGACAUUAGUAUGCCACUGCAGAAACUAUUUCAUAGACAUCUGUGAGGGAACCUCUCAGAAGAUUCAGGAACUUUUAUGGCAAGUACAGGACAUACAAGUACUUGUAUGGAGAAUGGCUGCACAUCUAUCUGGUGACAUAUGAGUCAUUGGUUGACCUUAUAGCUGCAAUGGAUUUGCUGUAGUUGUUAGAGUCUCGGUACUGGGACACAGUCACAGGGUAUAAUAAGCUGUAAUAGUGCUUUGAGCUUCUUCAAAACGGUCAAUUGCAGGUCUAGUCCAUAUCCACUAUUCCUAACUCCCAUUGCUAAUGCAGAUGUUCUACUAGCAAUAUCAAUUCUGUUUAUAUUUUAAAGUUUGUCGUUAGCUGAGUGUGUCAUCUGACCUGCUUAACCAAUGAAUGUCUUUAGAAUAUGAUUGGAAAUUUUCUAGAAAUAGAAAUUCUGCGUUAGCAAUAGGUGAGUAAGGUGCCAAGCCUCUGGAACCCCCAGACAGAAGACGUUUGACCAAGAACUGGGGGACAGUGCCUGCAUCCUGUUAGCACCAUUACCACUGCAAGGACGUGUAGUGGAUAUAGUGCUUAUGGGGUAGAACACUCCUUUAUAAGCAAAAUAGCCAAAUGAGUUUUUACAGCUCUAUUUUGGCCUAAUUUUUCUGAAAUAAUUGAAGUGAGUAAUCCCCAAUUCCUAUAUUAAUAAAUAGUUUAGAACAUUCUCUGUUGUCUUACACCUCUGCUCUUUAAUACAAAUACUUGGUAGUCUAAGGGCCUUGUUCACUAAAUAUCGAAUUGCAGUAAAUGGAAAACCAAAUUGCACAAUUCUAACUCAAAUAGCUGAUUAUAGCUAUGUAGGAAUUCGUUUCCAAAUCACCUAUUUUUUGUUGCCUACAUUUUGCUAUUUAUUUUCACUGCAACUUGAUAUUUCCUUAAAGGGACUCUCCAGUGCCAGGAAAACAAUCCGUUUUCCUGGGACUGCAGGUCCCCUCUCCCUCCCACCACCCAUCCCCCGUUGCUGAAGGGGUGAAAACCCCUUCAGUAACUUACCUGAGACCCCCGCCGAUGUCCCUCGUCGGUGGUUUCAGGUCGCCGCCGCUCCUCCACUUCAUCACGUCAGUCGGCGGGGGAAACUGAUCACGCCCGCCGGCUGAGGAGACCUAAUGCGCGUGCGUGGCAAUGCCAUGCAUGCGCAUUAGAGCUCUCCAUAGGAAAGCAUUGAAAAUGCUUUUCAAUGCUUUCCUAUGGGGAAAUGAGCAAUGCUGGAGGUCCUCACACAGCUUGAGGACGUCCAGCGACGCUCUAGCACAGAAAACCUGUGCUAUGAAUCAGGAAGUGCCCUCUAGUGGCUGUCAUGAACUGCAAUAAUUACCUUGCAGGGUUAACUCCUCCUUUAGUGGCUGUCUACUAGACAGCCACUAGAGGGCACUUCCUGAUUCAUAGCACAGGUUUUCUAAUUACAGUUGCAGGGUUAAGGGUAGUGGGAGUUGGCACCCAGACCACUCCAAUGGGCAGAAGUGGUCUGGGUGCCUGGAGUGUCCCUUUAAUAAACCCUCAAAUCUAAUGUCUAGCAGAACAUUCUCAACCUUUCGAGCUCUCGAUGCAGUUUUUACUUAUCCACAUGGCACUCCAGAAAUAUAUUAGUGUGCUGACCUACCACACUGUGGUGCUGUUGCAGCAUUAGUCGUGAGGCAGAGAUCUGCAAUGCUGCCAAGCUGCAGAAUCUUGUCUCGGCCUUCCAGCAUUGCUAAUAACACGAUGGCUCCUUGUACUGUUAUUGCGAGAGUGUUAAAACAAGCAUGCUUGCACUUCAUCAGCACGCGAGGGAAUCCUAUUUCCCAUAGACACACAGCAGGUGUGAAUGAUUUGAAGCUGCUUAGUAUGCUGCAAAAGGGAAUUGGGAUGUUUUCCUUACUUUACAGAAAGCAUUUUACACACUUAACUGCCUACAGGAAGUCAUGGCAUAUAGAGAAGUAAUAUAGCGUGUAUAUAUUUAAAUGUAUGUGUUUCUUUAUACAUGUACUAGUAAAAUCUAAGUUCAAAUUCCGUAACAAUGUAUUACAUGGUAAUUGUUGUAGAUGGCAAAGCUAACGAAGUAAGUGGCGAGUGAGGAUUUAAAGUGAUUUUCAUAUUUAAAGGGACAUUAUAGUCACAGAACAACUACAGCUUAUUGCAUUUGUUCUAGUGAAUAGGAUCAUUCCCUUCAGUUUUUUUUUGCAGUAAACACUGUCUUUUCACAGAAACUUCAGUGUUUACAUUACAGCCUAGGGACAACCCAAUUGGCCACUCCUCAGAUGGCUACUAGAAGUGCUUCCUGGGGCAAUGCUGCACAAUGUGACUGACAUUCAUUGAUUGAAUGCAUCUCUAUUAGGAGAUACUGAUUGUUCAGGGCUGUGUUUGGCUUGUGCUGGCUCUGCCCUUGAUCUGCCUCCUUUACAAUCUCAGCAAAUCCAAUGCUUUCCUAUGGGAAAGAUUACCACUUCUGAUGAUUUCAACCAAGGUGGGAUAAAGGUAAUUUGUUACUAUAUUUAGGGGGCAUGGGGGGAAAGGGGGCUAGUAGAUAGUGUUUUCAACACUAUAGGGUCAGGAAAACAUGAUUGUGUUCCUGACCCUAAAGCGUUCCUUUAAGGUUAAAACAGCCAAACUAGGAAAAGUCUCUAAGUCAGCUAUAAUUUCCGUUCAACUACUCUGUCCUUAAAAUGACACUAUAGUCACCAAAACAACUUCUGAAGCAGUUUUGGUGUAUAGAUCAUGCCCCUGCAGUCCUACUGCUCAAUUCUGUGCUUUGUCUGAGCCAAAUCACUUUGUUUAUGCAGCCCUAUGCCCUUAUGCAUAUGACUUACACAACCUUCCUAAACACUUUCUGUAAAGUGAGAUCUAUUGGUUACACUUUCUGCACUGUUAAUAGCUUGCUAGACCUUGCAGAAACCCCCUGUGUGUGAUUCAAUUUAAAAACAGAGCAGGAGAGAAAAUCUUGUAAAGUAAGUUAACAUUUGAUUGAAAAUAAAAUCAUUUUUUUCAUGCAAGCUGUGUCAGUCACAGACACAGAAGGUGUGGCUAGGGCUGCAUAAACAGAAACCAAAGUGAUUUAACUCCUAAAUGGCAAAUAAUUGAGCAGUGAGACUUCAGAGGCAUGGUCUAAACACCAAAACUACUUCAUUAAGCUAAAGUUGUUUUGGUGAUUAUAGGGUCCCUUUAAAAUUGAAAAUUCACUUUGUAUUCUCACUUUAGUGAAUAACCCUGAUAAUAUCCAGGAUCUCAUGAUGCCCCACUUGAGAUUAACCUAUAGGUAUGUGAGCCCGCUAUCUAGAAAUGCUGCCUAGCCCAGGUGAUGUGAGUUGUAGUCCAAUGACAGAUGUAGAAUGUAUUACUGUUGUCCUACGUGAUCAUGCAGCAUGCGUUAUGACACUGGUGAGGGUAUAAUGGUGCCAAUAAAGUUAUUUGGUUCUAGUUAGAAGUGACUGCUGAGCGUUUGGCAGAGCUGGACCUAUACAGAAGUUUAGUACCCACUCCUACUAGUCCGACCUUAAAAAGGUCAGUGAGCAUAACUCCACAGAAGCCAGUCUUUGAUUUUCUAGGGGAAAAAAACCUUUAGAAAGAGUAUGGCUUUUUUCUGUCUUUUGGAGAUUAAUUGAUUUUCCCUUUCCCGCUGACAUAAUAAUAAAUGGGUACUCGAGUCCCCCCCAGAAACGAAAAAAAAAUAAAUUGUUUUUGACCAUGGUGCCAACUUUUGCUUUGACCUUAUGUUUGGUGUGGACUGUUCACUCCCCUAUGUCCAUUGGAAGCCACCUCCUGCUGUAGAUUAGGAACAGUUUGUGCGAAUUAACCUGCAUGCGACAAACUGUAUCCAAUAUAAAGGAGUCUCUCCUUCCCCAGGAAACCAGCUGUGUGAUUUGCAUUGUAUCCUGACUCUAGCACUGCAUCAAUGCCAGGGAAAAAAUAUUGUUUCUACCUUUAUUGCAAAACCAUCGGCCCGUGAAAAGGUGUCGAGCGCUGCUACAGUGACACAUUCCCCCGGGGAAUAGAAAGCCCUCCCGUUUAAGCUGAAUAUAGUAAGCUGCUUAAUUGAAAAUAUAGUCAGGAAACGAGGACAUGCUCAAAAUCCUUUCCCGCUAUAAUGAAGAUUCACGACCUACCCAUGUCAAAUACUUACCUCUCCUGGUUUUAAAUGGAUCCUACAACCCCGUGCAAAAUAAUCCCUACAUUCCCAACGCAUGAGCUAUUUCACACUGUGUAAAAUUAACAAUGUACAUCUCCACACACACAAAUAUUAUUUAUAGAGCGCCAACAUAUUCUUCAUUUAUACUGCAGUACGCACAGAACAUCACAAGAUGAAUAAACUGCUUCAACUGCCUGGAGCUAUAGGAUUCUGUUUACGUCCAUAGAGAAUCAUAGAUGAUUUAGGUUUAGUUGCAAAGCAGACAUUGCUGGGUUUUUACUUCAUUUUUUAUUUUAUUUUUUUUGGUGAAAAAAGCAUCACUUCAGUACAGCCGGUCUUUAUUCCUGCAGGUUUUCUUAUUCCAUAUAUCUAGGAUAUAACCCACAUGGGAAAUGUCUCUCUACCAAACUGAUGGGUAAAGUGAGUCAAAAUCAUAUUUUCAGGCUGCCUGUGAGGUCCAAUCUUUUAAUAUUUCAUACAAGCUGUUUGGCCUAUGCUUGAUUCUUUAGCUGUAGUUUAAAGAUUACAUUUCAAAGAGGGCUUUUCCUAUAGUUUAUUUGAUCCCUUUAAACGCAUGCUGAAAUCAAGAGAUUCUUCAUACUUAGCCCACUAAAACCUGUCAUGUAGACCUUAAUACAGGACCUUAUUCCCACCUAGCUCCUUGAAGUUCAGCUGUAUCCCUCUGUUUUUUAUGUGUCUAUGAUCAAUUAGCCCACUGUACCUCAACAGUGACCCCCAAACUAGGUGCACAACAACUUCUAGAACCCUGUUACCUCCUUAGAUUGUAAGCUUCAGCAAGAUGCAACAUCUAAUUCUUCUGAACUGAUUUAGAUCUUUCCAAAUUAAUGUACGUUGUAUAUAGGCCAUAUGGGGACAGGUGUAAAAGGAAGGAGUUUGACUCUUUGUGCCCCCAUAAUUUAAUUGUCCAUUGUUGAUCUAGAACAAAAAUAUUUUCAAGGUUUCUCACUAAGCUCUAAAUGGUCAGAAAUUCUAAAUGUUUCUUAACUUUUUAAACCAAACAAGCUGAGUUGGAGAAGUUCUUUAAUUCUGCUGUCUUUUCAUUUCAUCUUAUUUGCAUUCAAAUUUGGCAUUCACUUUACAUGUUUGACAAUUCACACUUUAGUAAAUAGCCCUAUGUGUCCACAAUUAAAGCAGAAAAGCCACAAUAUGGACAAGAGGAAUUGAAACAAAAUUUACGCCGCAAUAAGCAUCUUCAGCGUACUUUAAAGCCCCCUCCCCCCAUCCCAUUUUGUUCUUUAACGUUCUUCUGAAAAGGUGAUCUUUGUGUACGCUGUAACUGCUCGGGACACUGCGGCAAUUGAGAGUUUUCAGAAAUGGACCUCACAUGCGGAGUGACAGAGCGUCUGGAGAUGCUAGUGGCUUUUAACAUUGCACAGCGGCUGCUGUAGACAUUUAUAGUAAAUUAUACAAUUAAAAACCACAAGAGACUGGCCUCUGCCAUUGUAAUGAGAUUUACCGCCAGGACAGGGUGAUUCUAGGUCUAGGUUCUAGUUAAUACUCAGACAUAUUCGAGGUUACUAUUGAUCUGCGGUUUGAUUUAUACAGCGAUCAUUUACAGUGCACAGACUGCAAGGAGGGGAGGGGGGAUAUUAAACAAGAAAACCAAAAAUUGCAUAAAUAUAUCAAACUAGUAUUUCCAAAAGGACCUCUACAGAUAAGAUUGCUGUCUUCAACACUGUAAAGGGAGGUAGAAAGAUUAUAUAUAAUAUAUUGCAUGAAAGUGCAAUAAAUAUAUAUAUUCACCACUAGCCCUCCCCAAAAUACAUUAUUGUGAGCAGUUAAAGGGACACUGUAGUCACCAUAACAACUACAGCUUAUUGAAUUUGUUCUGGUGAGUAGAAUCAUUACCUUUAGGCUUUUUGCUGUAAACACUGUCUUUUCAGAGAAACAGCCUAGUGAUAACUUCACUGGCCACUCCUCAGAUAGCUGUUAGAGAUCCUUCCUGGGUCAUGGCUGCCUAAAAUGCAUCCAAACAUUCAUUAUCUCCUCCCUCUGCAUGCAGACACUGAACUUUCCUCAUAGAGAUUCAUUGAUUCAAUUCAUCUCUAUGAGGAGAUGUUGAUUGGCCAGGGCUGUGUUUGAAUCAUGCUAGCUCUGCCCCUGAUUUGAUCUAUGGGGAAGCACUGUGAUUGGAUCAGGCUACCACUUCUGAUGAUGUCAGCAGACUGCUUGUUUUUUUUGAGCAAACAGCAUGCAGAGUUACAGCUUCUGGCUUGAAUACAGUAAGAUUUUGCUAUAUUUAUGGAGGCAUGAGGGGCCCAGGGGGCUAGAUGGUGGUUUUAACACUAUAGGGUCAGGAAUACAUGUUAGUGAUCCUUUAAUGAGAUGCCUUUAAAACCAUGCAGUUUGCAGUGAGAACCUUUUAUUCAUGUACAAAUUGCAAAGUAUAGGGUUGUCAUAGAAAUUGCUGUGUGGGUCCCUUGGACAGUUCAUUCAUCCACUCUAUGUUACACGACCAUACUGCAAAUGUUUAGAUUUCAGUGUUCUAGUUCUUCUACUACUGUUCGUUUUCCCAAAUUUUAGUCUUUUGGCCAUGUAUUUCUAGCUUAUGAAAGAUACUCAAUAGGAUUGACUAGAACUGCGUAACAAACUUGUUGCAUAUAUAUGGUCCAUAUUAAAGUUUAGAUAUAAAGUGAUGUAAUUAAAACAAACCAUCAAAACACCAAAUCCACUACAGUGCGCUGUAGUGGUUAUGGUGCCAGGAGUGCCCUGUCCUCUUCCCCCAUCCAGUGUAAAUGGUUGGGUUUUUUUCAGCUGUGGCUAAGUGAUGCUGCUCCCCACUUCCUUUACUUGUCUGUACUAUGCAUGCAGAUGCAGGGCUUAGCUCAUUGGCUUAACACAGUCAGCUGACACUACCAGCCAAUGCCCUGCAAACUCCUGAUACGAAGUCUAACCACUCUAAUACAGUAAUGCUACUUAGAAUCAGGGGUCCUCCUGGCACCAUAACCACUACACCACUCGCUCAGACUGUUCUUUUAUGCUGCGUCAGCACUGUUUAGAAGACCAGUGAGUGCAUCCAUAUUUCCUGGAAUACAUAAAUAUAACCUUUUUGAAUAACAUUUUGUUUUUCACAGUAUUCUUUAGAGCGUGGGUGUCAUUUUCUUUUUUAUAUUGUUUUUUUGUGACCCCCUUGGGGCAGGAGCCUUGACAACUAUAGCAUAAAAGUGUAAUGCAUGUAUAGGCUGAUGAAAGCCAAUAUACUAUAUUAUCAGCAAAGAACUGAUAAAUUGUACACGGAGAGCUUGUGUUUGAUAGACACUGGGGUAAGUUUAUAAAAGUUGCAAACAGAAAAGUGGAUUGAACGUUCUAAUAGAGGCAAACAAUGGGAUUAGUAGUAGAAUGAUUAAUCUCCCCAGUGGCAUAACAUUGACCUCAAUUUAAUAUUGUUGGUGAAACUUUGUAUUUUUUUUUUUUUUAACCCAAAAAUAUUUGAAAAACGUAUCCAACAAUAUCAAAUCAAGUCAAUAAUCAGAAAAGUAGCGCAGAAGAUUCUAAAAACGAUGCAGUCACCAUAGAAACUAAUAGCAAGUUCUUUAUGAUUCAGAAGUGAUAGCUUAUUUUUUUUUUUUUUUGGGGUAGCAGCACAUCUCACUUGAUGAGCUACGUAACUCCGAGCCUCAUAGACACCUGGAAAUGAGCUGCAAGUUGUAUAAAAAUACAUUUUUGGAGUAUAAUUUCAUUACCAGCGGCUUAUGUAGGAUGAGCUAAUGAACUUUUUAUUCUUUAUUCUAUUAGUGUGUUUUAUAUGCUGUUUGUCCAGUUAUUUGGAAAGAAAUGAUCAACACCAUAAAUCAUUAUAAUUAUACAUAUUUGCAUGAGCCCUCCUUUCUGAAAUAAGUGGUUUUUUUUUGGUUUUUUUGAUCUGUCAUUAUUCUAUUUUUAUUUUCAAUUGUUUUCAAUGGAAAAGCAUCCCAAGUGUGGUCUGCUCUGUUACAGCAUACGAUCUGCCACUUGCUGAUUUACAGAAAGAAAGGGCAAUUGUCUUUUGUCUGCUGUCACUGAGUGAGUUGGCACGAGGCAGCUCUAUCUGCCAAUCAGCGCCCCACUGCUAUGUCAUGCCCCAUCUUGGGGGGCCAUUUCUAAUGCCUGGAAAGAACAGAAGGGCUAAUAUAAAGAGAAAACAUAAUUUUAUGGGUUUUGUGCUGUUUGCGCCUGCAGGGAUCUCGCUUUUCUCCGUUGGAACAUUCUUGGCAAAAGGCACAAACCUUCCGUGACGGCUUUAAAUUAAUUACAGCUGUGUUGAUUUUAAUGGGAAUUUGCCAUUUCUCACCACUCUUUGUAGUUAUUAACCUUUCAUAUUCAAGAUAUGACUUUAGGAUUUUUGCUUACUUGUUGGAAUGCAAGCUGUUAAGACCUAGCAGUGGUUAAUAAAACAGUGAUUUAGAUUCAUUUUGCUCUUACCCUCUCCCCCCACCCCCCCACCGAACUUAUUCACACCCACCCACAUCUGAUUUCUAAAAAUGUAUAUUUUGAGAAAUGGAUGUAUGCCAAGAAAACUGAGCAUAAAAAAUGGAUUCCUGUGAAGACUGUGUGAGGAUGUAGAUGCUCAGAAGAUAAAUGGUGCGCUCAUCUCUUGUCCCAUGUACACAGGAGAUUUGUAACAACUGAUAAUGAACGGCUUUCAUGCCAUUUUGUGUUUGCAAUUUAAUUAACGGUUGUUUUGACGUAUUUAAUUCUUCAGAAUCAAUUAAAUUGCGUUCUGCUUCCCUAUUGCUCUCCAGUAAGGGAUGGCGGUCAGCAUUAAUAAAUAAUUGCUCAUGUAAUAUGUUUGAAAAUUGAGCUGAGUUUGUUCACUCUCUGUACUUCUUACUCCCCAGGGUGCACCCCCAGGAAAUGCGGCCGAGCAGUAACAGACGCUGUUAUAACUCGCCAGGAGGCAGAGAAAAUGCUAAGGUAAGCGUUCGUCUGUGCGCAGUGCUAAAUGAUACUGUAAUUCAUUAUACAAAAGAGUUUGUCCAUGCUGUUUGAUGGACGUAUACUGCUAGUGCUCAGAAAUGAAAGAUCCCAGGAGUCAGGUGGGCAUAGCUCGUGUUCCCGAGGCACAUGGCACGCCAGGGAUAGAAAAUAGGAAUAGUGAUGUUACCAUAAAUAUGAUGUUUAAAUAUGUCGUUUUGUGAUGUUAUCAUAAAUAUGAAGUGCGAUUUCACUGUGUGUUGAGUGAAAUCAAUAGGGGGUUCAGGUAUGGUUAAUUUCUUAGUUGUGUUAUAUUACUUUACCCCCACAUAAAUGUGUGCCUGCUGGGGGUGAUAUUUUAGGUACAACAAUGGAUGUGUAUGAAAGAAAAGUAUUUUGCAGGGUUUUAUUGUUUUAUCAUUUAGUUGUUUAUACUGUUAAUAGUGGCUGUUAAAAUGUUACUUCUGGGAUCCAAAUGUUUGUUCUAUAUUUCUAUUAUUCUGUGUUGGUGUUCCCUGUACGGUUACAUAAGCUGUCGUCGUUAUCCUACUUAGAACAUUCCAUUAAGGGGGAUCACUCAGCACCUUAAUUGUAUGUCUGUACCCAGAAUCCUUAGCGGCUGCAUAAUAACUGUAAAUUCAGGAAAUCGAUGAGAAAUCAUCGCUGCUGACAUGUCUGUAAUGUGUCGUUUUGUUGAAACAUUGCUCUGCUGGAGCUUUUACUGCAGUGGAAGGUGUCCCGUCACAUAUUUAUUUGCCAUUAUUGUUGUUUUUUAUGCUUCCACCAUUCACAACUGUUAAAGUGACUUAGUGGUAUCAGUUUAAGCUGGCCUGUUGACUAACUGUAACACUUAUAGUGCUUUAAGAUCUCUAUUUUAUGUGAUAUCCCUGUGCAUUGUCCAUUGUAGUAUAUAUAGUGGUUUAUUUAAAGAAGCAAAAUUAACCUUUUUAUUUCUUCUCACUUUUCCCUCCAUUACAUCUAUUGAUUUACAGAUUUCUACCACCCUGCGUAUCCGAUACAGGGUUGUUUAGAUAAUACUUAGUGCAUUAUUCAUUGGUGGUCACAGAUACUGACUCACUUACCUGCCAAGGGUGCCUGCGGCAUCCAUGGGGUUCGAUGGCAGCAACUCUGGGCACCUAGGCUUCUUUCUGUCCUCCUGCAGCCUCUGCUCUCCCAUUCGCCCACGGGGAGCACCAGAUGGCCGUUCUGCCAAUGCAUGCAUCCUGGCGGGUGUAGGAGUCUGGGGCGAAGUUAGGACAAUGAUGCGUCCAAAAUGGCGCUGGGUCCCAGGACUAAAUUUAUAGAGAUCUGUAACUUUGCCUGCACGGGUAGAGGCCAAUGUGAUUUAUCUGCCUUUUAUAUUUCUCUCACUCCCUCCAGUCAUUGCUCAGCUGUUCUGUAGCCUAAUCUCAGUUUACUAGUGCAUCCUUGUGCCUAUAGUGCUUUCAAUGUUUGCUGCUGGUUACCAGUAUUUUUGCUUUUUCACUGACUUCGUCUCCUGCCACCUGCCUUUGACUCUGCUCCUCUCUCUAGCUCUUUUUGGAUUUUACAUUUGGCUAUCCCGCUCCUAAUAAAGCACCCUUGCCAUCACAGACCCACCAAUACCCUGUUUCCGCCUCCAGGGUGGAUACCUUGUGGGUUGUGCUUGUAAGGGACCGCAGUUUCACUGCACGGAUUUCCAGAUUCCGUGAAAAAAAAAAAAAAAGCCCUGUGGGCCGUCGCAUUGGUAAACCAUGGUAAUUGCUUAAUUGAGUGCUAAUUACAAAGAUCUCUAAAUGUUGGUAGAUCUAUCGCCCAUAAUGACUGAGUCUAAUUCUUCCCUUGGGGAAAGCAAAUGGACUCUAGGAAAUAAGGGAAUGCACAUUAAAGUAACCCUGUAAUUUUUUUUUCUUUUUGUUUUUUUUUUCCUAUUCUUUCAGUUGUCCUUACAUUAUGCCCCUUGUAGCUUAAUUUCUUCCUUGAGCCGGAUCUCAAUUUCUAGGUAUCACCAUUUUGUUCUCUUCUGCCCAAGAUGGCUGCAGUUUGUCCUUGUUUAGGAUUGUUUUAAGUGAUGGAUUGUGGGUAUAUUCAUUUUUUUUGUGUAUAGCGAAGUGUAUAACUGAAAAACUAAGGUGAAUUAAAAAAAUAUUAUAAAAGCAAGAAGAGAUAGAGAAACAAAUGGGGACAAAACCUUAAAAAUGACAGAGCCGCUUUAACCGUUGUGACUGCAAUUAACUACAGAGCACCUUAUUUCUAUACAGCUGAUAUUCCUGCUGCAGUUUCCAAAUCAAUUAAUUUAUACAUUUCUAACAUUUUGGGUAGCUCAACAUAUAUAUGAACGACAUAUUUAAAGCUUGCUGUAGUGGUUGUGAUGCGAGGAUUAGCCUGGUACCAUUCCUGGGUAAGGAGCUGGGUGAUUCUGCUGGGUGCCGUUUGAACAGUAUCCAGCUUAUGCAGAAUUGCUAAAGCCAGAUGCUGAUCGUGAGAACGUGCAAUGAGCACUUAAAAUUCCAUGGCAUGAUACCGGGGCCUUACUGCCAUGCUGUUCAGACACACUUCAUGAGAGCUUUGAGACAAACCGCUAUUAAUCUCACUUUUUACUGACAUAUUGCAUGCAUCUAUCUGGCUUGAAGCUACUUAUAAGUACCAGAAUAAAAAGAAGGUUGCACUCAAUCAAAUAAACCACAGGGUGCUGACUGAUUAUGGAUCAGCAUACCCCACCCCAUAAAACAGAUAUCAAAAGGAAAAAAAUCACUUUAAGCAGAUUUAAUGGACACAGCAACGUUUCUACCAGUUCCCAGGUCUUUAUCAAGCUUGAUAAAGACCUGGGAACUGGUAGAAACGUUGCUGUGUCCAUUAAAUCUGCUUAAAGUUAUCACAGUGAGUGCCUGAGAUUUUUUUCCUUUUGAAGCUACUUCUAAGUCUGGAAGGCACCUCACUAUACUUCUUAGAAAAAGCUCUGGUGAUAGUUGGGGGAUUUUGAGAGAAGCAGACCUGCGGCCUACAAGCAAAAAACAUGAGCGAGAUGGACAUCUCCGAUCCCAUCACCCACCGCAGCCUGUGUCUGUAUCCCUGCUAUCUCCAUCCAACCCCCACCCUCCUGCCUAUGCAGAUUAUCCCAGCAAAUAUUGAGUUAUUGCGGCUGGCUUCACAGCUCCAAAAGUGUGUCCUGUCAUAUCUAAUAUGGUGGAAGCAGUGUUCUUUGAAAAAAUCUCUUUCAAGCUCAGCUGGUGAUUUUCAGCCCCCUGCAACAGUGAAGAAGAUAAUAACAUUACCUUUAAGUCUCCCAAUAGGAGUCUCUCAAUCCGGGAGAGGGCGCACCCAAAAUAGUACUGGACCAUACCUCCCCACAAUCCUGGAGGCCCUGGCAUCUUCUGUCUCUCCUACAAGUGAGAAUCCAGAUUUAGCCGAGCUACCACCUAUAUACUGGACAGCGUAGGUCAAAGACAUAAAAUACGCCUGGAAUUUGCGAUGUGCGGCUGUGGAUCCUUCUGUCUGGGUCUGCUCCUACACCUUGCCCUACGUCCACCUGGCUGACUAUCUGGGUUUCUCUCUCUCUCUCUAUAUAUAUAGUUAUUUUUUUCCUAUACUCUUUGCAGUUAUUUUAAACGAACACAUAUAUCUGUUGCAUUUUUGUUUGUGUUAACCUGCAUUGCUGGUAUUUCAGUAGCCAGGGAUGAUUCAUAUUGGAUCUGUUUUUUUUCCCCCACACCCAUUGGUUUUCAGAAAGCGUUUACUGAAUCCAUGUUUUUUUUUUUCUGCAGGAUAGCUGAGGCUGGUUUUUCCCUAGGAGGGUCUGAUGGAGGGGUAAGUACCUAAUGACAAAGACACAUGCGAGCUUUGUACAUAUUUAUGGAGAACAAGGAGUAUUUAUAAGAAGGAAUCAUAUGGAGCAAUAGGAAACGUUAUAGGUAGGAAAGUUAUAAUUAUUGGGGUGAGUUGGAUAGAUCAGUAAGAGGAGUUAUAGGGAGACAUAUAGAGCAAUAGGAGGCAAUAUAGGGUGGGUUUUAUGAAAUAAUAGGAGAUGUUAUAGGGAGGGUUAUAUCGAGCAAUAAGAGGAGUUAUAUAGAUCAAUAGGAUUUGUUAUAGGGAUGGUUAUAUAGAACAAUAAACUACGGAUUAUUUAUAAUUUAUUGAACUGUUUGUACUGAACAAGUAGAAUGUUGUUCAGUUAUAAUAAAACAUCUUUCUUAUUUGUCCACCUAGUAACAUUAAAAAACAUUAAAGAAGAACUGUUGUGUGUGAUUUAUUUCAAUGUUCUUCUAUAACGACCUUAGUGCUUUACAAUUUCUGCAAAAAGAAAAUGGGCAAUUAUACAAACAGGGGGAAUAUAAUUAGACACAAUAUACUAAAGGAGAAAAGAACCAUGCCGUGGGUUUCAUCCACCUGCAGGUACUAUGCAAGAAACCCAGUGAGCUUACAAUCUAGAGAUUAUUUCGCACCGUCUGACAAUUAAAAGUCACCCCUGGCAGGUGCUAUUAUUUAUUUGCCUUCCAAUACACUAAUUACCCCCGUGAGGGCUUCAAUUGUGUUUACUGGUUUGAGAGAAACCGCCACUUCCAAAGAAAUGACAAUCACAAAUUGGACGAAUUUCUCCAAUUUGACUGUUGUGGCCUAUAGAUUCUCUGGUCAAUUCCCAACUAUUCACAGUUUAGAGAAAACUGUAUUCCUUGGCCUCUUUAUUACUCUUACAGUACAGCAGCUGAUUGGGCCGUGAGGAGUUAAUAAUAAUGGCUGUCAAACUUGUUAUAACAUUUUAGGAAGACCAAAGGGAAGAAUGUGUCUUGGAGCAGGCGAGUGGGUGGCAGUUUUGACAUUGAGAGUGAGAGGACAUUAAAACAAUGGUUUAUAAUAUGUCACCAAACGUCUGGGUAGUGAUGGAAUCCAUCUAUCAAAUGCUUUUGUGUGCGUGUGUUUCUUAAACAAAAUGUGGAAAUGGAAAAAUGUACCAUUGAUAAGGAGAAAAUAAGCACUCUAAAGUUUUUACAUGGAGACAUGAUUUAUAUGGAGUAAUAAGAGGUACUUGGAGAGGUAUAUAAAGUAAUAGAGCUGUAAAGGAGUUAAUGUACUACUAGAAGGGAUAUAGGGAGAGCUAUUUGGAGCGAGUGGAAGAUUUAUAGAGCGAAUUGUAUCUAGGAAUAGGACUAAUUAUAGAUCUGAAUUAUUGGGGUUGUAUGGAAUAAUAGGGAGUAAGUGAGAGGCUUAAAAGUUGUUGUUUUUUUCUCAAAACUCUUAAUGCACUACUUGGCAUUAUUCUUUAGGUCCUCCACCAAAAUCUUAAAAUUACAGGAUUUUAACCAGGGAAUCAGUAAAUGAUGUUAUUACUCUGAAAUUCAGAGAUCACUGCUUGCAUUUUCUACCAUGCUAGCUGUACCCAGUGGCUUUAUAGCACUUCUGAUAUAACAUGUUGAGUUAACGUGCUCUUUAUACUUGUAACCUCUCUGUCUAGGAAGUUUUAUUAAUGCUGUAAGCCUACUCUUUAAGCUAGAACUUGACAUGUUUGUUCUUUUACUCUUUACUUUUUAUAAAAAUAAGGCAGUUUUCGCAUGGGAGUUUAUGUAAUUGUUAACUUUUACUGCAUCCAUGAUAUGUUACGGCUAACUCCAUAUUAUCUUUCUGUGACGUAAAUCUUACGCCUUAAUAAAAUACAGAUUGACAAAAAAAGUUACGGGGAGGAUAUAAAGGUUAUAGGUUAAAUACCUCCCUUGCAGACUUGCCUAUGCAUGUUGAAUGUAUAUACAAAUGGCAGAGGAGUAUAGCUGAUAGUCUAUAGAAAAAAACACAAUACAAUAGUGUAAUACUGUAAAUGAACAAUAAAACUGCGCCAAUAACGUUAAACUCACAAGAUGUAGAUAGUAAUAUUGCCUUAGGGUCCCUCCCCUUAGAUGUUUGGGGGAUAUAUCCAGUUGGUUGAUGGUAUCGCCACAAUAUGGAAGACCGGAAUCAGGAAAUGGUACAAAUUAUCUGCUUUAUUUCAUAAGUGUAAAAGGUUAAAAACAAAUAUGGUCCAACAUGUUUUAUUUAACAAAAGACUUACUCAGGGACCCAAUAGUAAAAACUAAUUGUAAAUAUAAAAUAUCCUAAACAAAAGGACAAAAUAGCAGCGUAAUCCUUCCCUCCCCAGUCCUUCCUUUUGUGUGGCAUCAUUUCUUUCUAUUGGUGAUUCAGGGGGCAUUGUCCAUACUGUCCAGCAGUUUCAGAGGAUUCCUCAAUUGAUUUUCACUGGUAUCAUAUCCAUGUGAUGUCACUUCCGGUAUUCACUUCCGGGUGAUGUAUGUGUUCCACCUUCGGUAAUGGGAAAUACAAGUCAUGUGUUGGUGUAAACGUGAAUGAGUCCUUAGUGAGUCAUAAGGAAGCCCACAGGGCUCAAAAUCAGUACACGUAAUAGUACAUAUGAGAAUACAUCCAGCGCAUAAUAUAUCUAAAAAGGGAUGAGAGGAGACUAGAGACAAAAUAAAAAGAGCAAAAACUCUGACAUCCAUGUGGUAGCAUUUCCCAAUUGUAGAUAAAACAGCACAAUUGGAGAAUAUAUAUAUAUAUAUAUAUAUAUAUAUAUAUAUAUAUAUAUAUAAUAUAAUUUCUUAAAAAUAAUGAAAAAAAUAGAAAUUAAUGAUUGUAUUAGAAUUAAAAAAAGUAUAAUAAGAAGAGAAUUGCAAUAAUGGUUUCAAUCUCAUCUUUGAUGACAUUAUAAUCAGAAUUCCAGAAAUGUAUUACUUUUAUGGUGUAUAAUACCUUAAAACACUAGGGAGGAUUACCACAUAUUUGUGUAACCAGAUGUGGAACAUUGUGAUAAUAAUAUUCCAUAUUAAUUAAGUAUGAUUGAUCACUAUUGAGCAACUCAAACAUUUAUAGAUAGUUAAGAUGGCACCGGUAAGCAUAUAAGCACACAUAGCACAUAUUACUAGAUGCAGGCUUGAAGGCCACAAUUACUAGAUGCAGGCUUGAAGGCUUUAUGCCACAGCUAUUAAGAGCUGACACAGCACUACAGCUGUUUACUAAGCUGACACAGCACUAUAAGCUGACACAGCACUUCAGCAGUUUGAGAAACUUAUGUUGCCAUCCAAAAACUUAUGUUGCCAUCUCUAGAACAGUACAAAGAAAGCUUGUAGAUAAGAGAUAAUUAAUCGCACAAGACUUGGCAUAAGUUCUGGUGGUCCUGAACAGUCUGGCCAACUGCCAGGUCCAUCCAGCUGCUUGUAUCAAGGUCUUUUGCUGGGCUGCACUGGUAAGGAACUGCUGACUGUCCUUGAAGACAGGUAUAUAAGACUACAGGAAUCUUGCGCUCACUUGGAGAACUACCCACCUGUAAUGCGGACGCGUGUUACUGGUUUCUGCUGUUCCCAGAAGAGAGGGUCUUUCCGAGUGACUGCCUGAGUUCCCCCCCAGUGAUGUGUGGCAAGGAGACAACCAAGCUUCUCUAAUGGUGAUGUAUACUUAAGAUGAUAUCUAAAUACUAAGCUGUUUGAAGUAAAUGCAUGCCGUGCAACUACUUUAAAUGAGAGUAAAACUUACUUUGCUUAGAUCCCUUUCUGGAUAAUAAAGUGUAGUGUGAAUUCUUAUAUUCAACUUGGUCUCUGUGUGAUUUCUCUUUCCUAUAACUCAAUGUACUCUAUUCGAACUGGGUUGUGUGCCCGCCAUUAUCGCUAUAAACCUUAUUAGGUAUUGAUUAUUACUUUUUGGAUAUUGGUGCUUCAUGAAUUUAAUGAUUAGGCACAACAAACAUGCACAUACAUACAAAGCUUAAACAAUAUAUAUGUUUACAGAGCCUAAACCCCUACAUUUUGGAUAUAGUGUGUAUAUUUAAUAGCAAAGAAACCUAUUAAGAUAAAAAGACUAAAUAUCCCGUCCAAGAAAUCUAUAGGGACAAAAAACAUAUAGAUCGAUUGUGACCAAAAAAAUAGAUUUACAGCAGAAAUGCUGUACUUACAGACUCCUAACACCAUUACCACUUCUAAAAGCAGAAGUGGUCAUGAUGGUUGGAGUAGAUCUUUAAAGUACAACUGUCACCUCAAAACUAUUUUUUUUUUAUUAAAAUAAGCCUUUUAUGAAGUUUUGAAAGGAAGUAGAUUUAUUUUUCUAAAUUAAGUACAGGUAUAGGACAGGAUCCUUCAGCCAUACGCAUGUACCUUGGGUCAGACAGUUUAUGAAAACCUCGAUAUAGUCUCUGUGGUCUUCCCAGCUUCCCUCCCUGUUCCGAAGCAAGGAGACCAUAGAGACUAAAUGUUGGUUUUCAAACAUUGUCUGACCCAAGGUGCAUGUAUAUGGCGGAAGGAUUCUGUUAUAUACUAAAAGUAAGGAUACGUUGUUGCUUUUUUCCUUACAUUUUAUUUACAUAUACUUAAUUUAAAAAAUCUAUUUCCUUUCAAAACAUGAUGAACAGAUAAUUUUAUCAAAAAUAGUUUUAAGAUGACAUUUGUCCUUCAAAUGGAGUGCGAGGAUUUAUAGGUAGGGAUUACACUGAGCAAUAACAGUAGUCUAAGGAGUCACACAUUGCCCAGUAAAAUCAGUUAUAGGAAGGAUCACAUGGAUCAAUAGGAGGAUUUAUGGGGACAGGCUAUUUAGAACAGUAUUGAAGGAAUAUAGGGAGAUAUGAGAGGAGUUCUGGGGUGUAUAAUGCGAUCAGGUUAUAUUGUAGGCAGGAUUAAAGUGACAUUCCACUGACCGGGGUUGCAAUAAUGGAUUUGGUCGAGCAUUCGGGAAAUAAAAAUCACUCAAAAUCAAUUGCACUUUCUCUCUCAACUUCAACAGGAACAGUAGGAAUUUUAAAGCACACAAAAAGAAUACGGCUGUAUAUUUUAAUUUUGUUUCUUAUACAAUUAUUUGAAUCUUAUAUAUUAGAAUAGGCUUGGGCAUGACCAAAAUUGCUCAGCAAGCAUCUCCUAGUAGGCGUGGGUUCGUCCAAACAUCCACAUGCAAAUCUUCCAUUCAUUUGCUGUUUCACAGUUAUUAGACUGACUCCGAACAGAAGCUGACAUUCUGUUCAUAUAUUCCAUAUUUAACAUAUCACCGCGUGUCCCAUACACAGUCAUGUGUCCCCAGAUCAGAUUUCUCUAUGGUCCAUUUAUUUUUGUAACGCUGUUUUCCUUAGUUCUGCCUCCCACCUCACAGAAGGUUUGCAGAUGCUCUGGCUAACUCCUGAGUGGAAAGCAUUUAACCAGCUGUGAAAUCAUCUACUUUAAUUUUCCAGGUUCCUUGUUCAGAUUAGCCGAUGGAAAACGUUCCCAUGCAGAGCCCAGAGCUUUUUAGCCUUUUCCAUUUCAUAUUUUGGUAUUUUAACUGUGUGACCCUGCUGCUUCUCUCCUCCAAUCAUCUCUCCUGGAGUUCUUGUUCCCGUAAUUGUCACUGUUGUAAGAUUUUGAUUACUGUUAACUUUAUUUUUAGGUCUUUCAGCAACAAGCGGUCUUUUUUUUUUAGUGAUGCCGUAGGUGAGCUGACUUAUAGGGGAGUUUUUUUUAAAUUUCUAUUGUCAAAUAAUUAAAAUAAACUAUUAAUUUUAAGUUGAGAUGCUGCAUGUUUGGAAAAAGAGUAGGUUUUGAGUCCAAAAACAUGAACCAACAUUAACUGUUUCCAGACUGAUAAUGUUUCUUGCCCUCGACAUGGACCUCCAUAUUCCUUGAAAUGUCGUUCUGCACGAAACACUAUAGCGUUAGGAAUUAAAACCUGUAUUCCUAAUGCUAUAGUUUCCCUCUCCCUAACUCUAAAUAAGUGUCCUCCAGACACCCCGUUUGGCAUAAAAAUUUGAAAACAAUAAAGAUUUACUUACUUUUCCAGCAUCACGGCUCCCUCAGCGCUGCUUAACCCUCCUCCCGCAGCAUCAUCAAGGAGACAUCCAUACAUGACCUCUGUCACACCGCAUCUAAAGAAAUAAACCAUCUUUCAUUGCAGGGGGCUAGCUAAUUCAGGCAGGGCUUGCCAUCAACAUGGAAUUCAAUUUAAAACCUAUAUAUGCAUUCUAGUCCAUUAUCCUUGUCCUCUAAAUGCUGGUCCCGAGAUGUUAGCCCUUCACAAUGACAAAAUACUGUAGCUAUGUCUUAGAAGUGAGUUAUUGAUCUCUUUGUGGUUUUUAUAUAGUGAAUGGUCUCAAAGGAAUUUACCUUGCUAUAUUACAUUUGCUUACAUUUCUAUUUAUUCUCUGAUGUCAGCCCUGUUAUAUUGGCGUCAAUAAAGUGUAAUUUGAAAAGUGUUUAGCCUUUGGACUUUUGGGUCUAUAGUGUAUAUACUAUCAUGCUUAAUCUCAUGAUCUAAUUUAAGUUUACAGUUUGGGCAGAUUUGCCUAACGACAAUCUGUGAGUUGUAAAUGGCAAUGAAUAUAUGACCUUGGAGAUUUUCAUUCUACAUCCUUCUCUUCUAGGUUUCAUCCCUGCAUCCUACUUUUCGCUAAUGCUAGAUAGAGAAAAAUAUAAUCUGCCAUGAUCGUAUUAGCCACUGAAUACAGUUAGUUUUCGACAGGUUUUCCUUUAUUCCUGGUAAUUAAAGGGACACUAUAGUCACCAGAACAACUACAGCUUAUUGCAUUUGUUCUGGUGAGUAUAAUCAUUCCCUUCAGGCUUUUCACAGUAAACACUGCCUUUUCAGAGUAAAUACAGUGUUUACAUUACAGCCUAGUGAUAACUCCAUUGGACACGCAUCAUAUGACUGCUAGUGGUGCUUUCUGGGGCAGUGCUGCUUUAGUGUCUCCACCCUCUGCAUGGAGACACUGAACUUCCUUAUAGAGAUGCAUUGAUUCAAUGCAUCUCUAUGAGGAUAUGCUGAUUGACCAGGGCUAUGUUUGACUAGUGCUGGCUCUGCCCCUGAUCUGCCUCAUUGACAGUCUCUGCCAAUCCAAUGCUUUCCUAUGGGAAAGCAUUGUGAUUUGGCUUUGAAUAACACUUCUAAUGUUGUCAGCCAAGCAGGCAGUUCAGGGGUAGAGUCAGCAGAAGCGGACUACAAUAAAAGUAUGCUUUUUACUAUAUUUACAGAGGCACAAGAUGGCCAGGGGGGCUAGAUGGUGUUUUUUUUCUUUUUUUUUUUAUUCUUUAUUUUUGAGUGCAUGAAGAAUGAAACAUAUAUGCUGAUAGUGCCACAAUAGCAGAUACCGGCCAUUUGUGGUUGACAGAUAUAUGGCAUAGAAGAAGUCUGCACAAUUUAUUUUAUAUACAAGCUUGACUUUCGGUAAAACAUUGUCAUGAAAAGCAUACAAACUAAUAUGAAAAUCUGCUAAGCAUACUGACAUUAUGAUUUAAUAAAGGUACAUGUCUGAAUAUUCAAAGCAAGUGUAGUCACCCUGGAGCUCGUUUUUAAAGCACAAUACAUGUGAAGCUACGCGAUGUGAGGGAUAUAUGUCGGGCACUAAUAAAAUGCUAGACAGUGUUUUUAACACCAUAGGUAUACAUGUUUGUGUUCCUGACCCUAUAGUGUUCCUUUAAUGGGAACUGUAUCAUCUUCAACACAAUUGAAUUCUGGUGCCAGCAUGGCAGGAUGAUAUAUUGUUUUGUUUUCUUUUUUAAUCCCUUUCUCGUGUUUGCAGACUUUUUAACGUAACACUCAGAUCCUUCUUCGAGUGAGAGAUGAAUACAAUAUCUUAACUUGAGACACGUUCCUUGAUCUUCAUCACACUAAUUUUACAUUCCACAAGUAUAUUCUUCAUCCUACCAUGUACAAUGAAAGAGUUUGGAGAGAGAGCUUUGGUGGCAAUUGAUGACACCAAGCAGUCAUUAAUGGGAAUGGAGGGACACUUCCAUUCUUCUAAACUUAAAAUUUUAGUUAGAAAAUUUCCAUGUAAUUGACACUUAUCUAUGAAUUGAUUUUUCACCUGAGAAAAUCCCUGCUUGUCCUAGAAGGAAAAAAUAUUUAUUAAUCAGCACAAAAUCUAUCUAAAAAAAAAAUCUUUUUUUUUUUUUUUUUAUAUACAGUUUAGUGUGAGUGGUGGUGAUGACAUUUAAAAAAAAAAAAAAUGCAAACCUUUACCCUUACUUAGUGCUUAAAAGAUGACCUCUGCAGCAUCCAUAAAAAUGUUUUUAAAAUGGUUACCCAGACAACCAGAUUGGUACCCUACAUGCAGUCCAGCCCACCUACAGGUUGAUGUAAACUAAAUGGCCAUUUUGGAGAGUCUGUGGGUUGCAUGUUAACACUGUCGGUAAUAUAUACUUUAGUUAUAUAUGUUUCGUUUUACAUGUACACUUUUAUGUACACACGCCCCUUCAAUUCCACUUUUAUUCAUGCGGUUUCUCUCUGUAUUAGUCUCUCUAAUUGGCUCUUUACUGCUGUUCAUGGCAAACGCCUCUUGUAUAACACAUCCUGUGUAGCAUAAUUCAUAGCUAACAAAAGGACAUUGAAUGAUAGGGUAUUAUGGGUAACGUUUUUCUGUCGUUGAGUAAGUGAGAUGUUUUGCCUUCAUUUAAGUCAGGAUCAUGCAGGAAUGUUACCCAGAAUCCUCUCUUGUUAGUGAUCAUUAUAUUAAUAGCCAGCAAUAACUGCAAUAAAGCAUAAAGCAAUUAACUGGCUUUUUUGUUCAAUAAUGCUAAGUGCUAGGUACGUAUUAAGUUGCUCUUUAUUCCUCUCUCAGGCUUCAAUCCUAGACCUUCACUCUGGAGCGCUGUCUAUGGGGAAGCAUUUUGUAAACAUGUACCGGUAAGAAGAUGAUGAUUCGUCAUGUUCUAUCUUGUUUGAGUUUUUUCUUUGUGAUUCUCCAACUAUCUAGGCUUACUAAGCUUAUCUUUUAUUCUUCUGUCUGUAUUUAAUGUUUCUCUCUCUGUUACUAUCUCAACCGGCAGAAUUGAAGAAACAGAAAUACUCUUUUGCACCAUUUGAUUAUUAAUAGUGAUGUCCCGAAAGGUUCGCUGAACGGUUCGCCACGGACUCAUCAUUGAGUAAACUUUGACCCUGUACCUCACAGUCAGCAGACACAUUCCAGCCAAUCAGCGGCAGAUACUCCCUCCCAGACCCACCCACCUCCUGGACAGCAUCCAUUUUGAAGCUGCAUUCUUUGUGAGCUGUCCAGGAGGUGGAAGGGUCUGGGAGGGAGGGUCUGCUGCUGAUUGGCUGGAAUGUGUCUGCUGACUGUGAGGUACAGGGUCAAAGUUUACUCAAUGAUGAGUCCGCGGUGAACCGUUCGCGGCGAACCGUUCGGGACAUCACUAAUUACUAAUUCUUCACAACUAUAAAGUGAAUAAACCCCUUAUAUUUGUAUCACCCCUCAAUUCCUUUUUUUGGGAGGAGUACUGUUCAUAUUAUCUCUACUUUUUACCUAGUCCCUCUGUUUUCUUCCUCUCUCAUUGAUCUAUUCAUGUAAGUAUUUAGGUCUGUCCAUCUUUAGAGUACCCAGUAUUGAGCCCAGUGUAUAUGUAAUGCCUCCUUUCACCCUCUUCCAUUCUUGCUCCCUUCACCUAUUCAAUUUGAUUUCCUCUAUGAAGUCACAUUUCAUUGCUUCACUUGCCUAAAUCAGUCCUCAAACCCUGAAACUCAAGUCGUGAUUUCAACACUAUCAACUAAACACCUGUGACAUUCUAUGCAUCUGACGUCCGAAAAUGAUUUAUCACCAAUUAUACCGCAUAACUUGUAUCAAUGACUCUGAGUACAAGAAGAUGAAUUGCAGUGCUACGGCGGAGAAAAAGUCUUUUUAGCUAUUGGAAUCCAUCAAUUUCUCAUUAGAAAAACAGAUAAGACCUGCUUGUCCCUUCAUCUCUUUAAAUUCCAGACUUAUUGUUUCUCGUGCCUAUUGUUACGAUUAUGCUAGUUUGAUUAUUGCAUUACCCAUAGUCGCCCAUUUUACAAGAUACCUCUCUUCUUGUUUCUGCAGAUACUUUGGAGAAAAGGUCAGAGAAAUCCUGACUGAGGAAGAUUUCCAACUAUACCGGUAAUUUAAAAAAAAUAUAUAUUUUUUAAAAGAAGUAGUAGUGUGUGCAGGGAAUGGCCACUCAACAUAAGCAUAAUUUGUAUGCCUAUUGUAAUGAUUUUGCAACAAUUUGGUGUUCACUAUGUGGCAAUUGGUAGCAUGUUCUAUGUAGUUUGCAACACAUACCUUUGAAAUUUGUAAGUGCUCUGUAUGCAGACACUAAGAGCAACUUGCUCAGACGAUUGCAGGUGAAACGCGCAUGCACUGAGCAAACCUGUUAUAUAGUGCUGGUGGGAUUUGUAUGGCAAUGACUUAAAAAUAUGCACAUUGUUAAAUGCGUUCAAUUUGCAAAGCGUUAAAUACUAGCUGGUGGUCAGUAUCAGCAGAAGUUGACUGUAGUAGCUUGAAGAUGUUCAAUGCAACUCUUGAUCUGUCUGUGUUUUUAGCCACAAAUAUCUACCGACUGUUGAUAUUUAUAUUCUUAAAAGGCUGCUUUUUACCCACAAGCAAAAACUAAACCACACCAAUCAGGUUUAAAGGACCACUAUAGGCACUCAGACCACUUCGGCUCAAUGAAGUUGUCUGGGUGCCAGGUCCCCCUAGUUUUAACCCUGCAGCUAAAAACAUAGCAGUUUCAGAGAAACUGCUAUGUUUACACUGCAGGGUUAAUCCAGUCUCUAGUGGCUGUCUUCCUGACAGACACUAGAGGCCGCUUCUGCGAUUCUCAGGGUAAAAAUCGCAUUGAACUCACGCAGUAAAAAUCCUUACACUAUAGAAAUCCCAUUAAAAUGAGACGGAUGGGAUGAGAUGGUCUGGGUGCCUAUAGUGUCCCUAAUUCCCGAAAAACAUGUGCUAAUGUGUUUUAAAAAAAAUCUAGUUUCAUAAUCUAGUUUCCCCUUUUCCUUUCCGCUGAAUUUUUUUUUUCCGGUCCUUUCUUUUUGUCACCCUCUCUCCCUCUGUUCCUUUAAUUAUACUUGUAACUAACUUUAGCUUCACACCUGCCCUCUGAAAAUUUCUGCAAGCUUCUCAAUAAUGUUUGGCUGCAAUACCUGCGAUAAGUUACCACCUGGCACCGCGUUUAACACCACAAAGUUACUUGUCAUGUAAUACGCAGUAAAGUACCCAGUAUACUGUCCAUAUCACUCACUCACUUUUUUUUUCUUUUCAACAAAAUAUUGAGAAUGUUAUUUACAGCAUGGAAUCUUUGCAGAACAUGAUAACUUUAUGUAGAGUUAGCAUUUGAUCAUACUGAUAUCUGUCUUUAUUGGACUAGAUCUACCAUGCCUUUAUUCUGUUUGGAAGAUGACCUCUUUUAUAUAGCGAUUGCUCAUUCUUUUUUAAUUCUGUAUUAUAUUUUGUUGAUUUCAUUCAUGUAAAUAGUUUUUCCUCUUAUUAUUAUAAUUGCUCAUUAUUUUGUGAACUUCUCCUGGAGAUGCUUCUUGAUGCCAUUCAACCCUGGCUGAUGUGAUGAUUUGAUGUUUUCUUGUGCUACUUGACACCCAACUGUCACCCCGCCGGUCCUCAAUGCCUUUUGAUAGUCUCAGGAGUCAUUUGAUACUCUCAACUGCAGUUUAAUAGACGUAGAAGAUGGCAUUUGAGAUCCUUAUUGCUGUCUUUAUAUUUUCUUUUUAGCUGCUUUUUAUAAAUCUCUUCCUUCGAGUGUAAGCUUAUGUAGAAUUAAAUUUAGUAUAAGGGCCAAUUUCUAUACAAUUCUUUAAUUGUAUCCAUUAUUUAAUUUUGAAUUCCUUUGCAAUUCAUAUCUCUCUAAAAAAAGAUGGAAUAUAUACAAGGCUCAUAUUUCCCUCCUGCCACUAGCCAUUGGCUAGUGAAAAUAUAACUCUGGCAACCAGAAAUUUAUACUAAUGAGUAUGCCUUGGACCAACCAGGCAUGUUAGUGUCAUCUUAAUGCUACAGGGUACAAAUACAUUUUAGACUACUAGGAACUUCCAACUUUGUGACUCUAUUGAAGAAGGUCCUUUCCUGUUCCAGUAUGACUGUGCCCCUUUGCACAAAGGGAGGUCCAUGAAGACAUGGUUUAACGGGUUUGGUGUGGAAGAACUCAAGUGGCCUGAACAGAGCCCAGAUCUUAAUCCCACUGAAUAUCUUUGGGAAUAAAUUGGAUUUUAAACCUUGUCCACCUUUUGGCUAUACACUGAUCAGCUACAGCAUUGAAACCACCUACCAAAAAUAGCAUAGGACCCCUCAUGCUGCCCAAAUAUCUCUGAUACAUUGAGGCAUGGACUCCACAUGACCUCUGAACGUGUCCUGUGGUAUCUGGCACUAAGACAUUAGCAGCAGGUCCUUUUAAGUACUGCAAGUUGAGAGGUGGGGCCUUCACUGAACAUAUUUGUUGCUCCAGCACAUCCCAUAGAUGCCAAAUUGAAUUGAGACCACCAGAAUUUGGAGGCCAAGGCAACACAUUUAAUUCUUUGUCUUGUUCUUCAAACCAUUUCUGAACAAUUUGUGCAUUAUUCUGCAGAAAGAGACUACUGCCAUUCUUCCCAUAGUGCAUCCUACUGCCAUCUCUUCCCCAGGUAAACGAUGCACACUCACCCGGCCAUUUGCUUGAUUUAAUGAGACGUCAUUCUUCAGACUAGGCAACCUCCUUCAAUUGCUCCAUGGUCCAGUUCUGACGCUCACAUACCAAUGGAACAGCGAUGAACAUGGGCUCUCUGACUGGUCUGUGGCAACUCAGCUUGCAAUACGCAGUGUGCUCUGACACCUUUUAAUCAUUGACAGCACUAGGUUUUUGAGCUACAGUAGAUCUUCAGUGGGAUUGGACCAGAUGGGCUAGCCUUCACUCCCAAUGUGCAUCAAUGAGCCUUGGAUGCCCAUGACUCUGACGCUGGUUCACCAGCAGUCCUUCCUUGCUAACCACUGCAUACCAGGAACACCCCACAAGACUUGCCGUUUUGGAGAUCCUCUGACCCAGUCAACUAGCCAUCACUCACAUCUCUUUACUUGCCCAUUUAUCCUGCUUCAACACACAAAUUUCAGGAACUGACUGUUUACUUGCCGCCUAAUAUAUCCCACCCAUUGACAGGUGCCAUUGUAACAUUAUUAUCAAUGUUAUUCACUUCACCUGUCAGUGGUUUUAAUGUUGUGGCUGAUCAGUGUAUAGUGUGUAUACAUAUAAAUGUAUAUAAUGUAAUACCCAGAAGGUCAGCUGAGUUUCACAGGAAAUUCCCAAGCAUCGGUUGCUCAAAUGUUGCCCAUCAUUUAUAAAAACUAAAGGUAAGCUGAUAAUUUGUAACAAAAAAUGAAUAUAUAUAUAUAUAUAUAUAUAUAUAAAUAUAUCUGUGUGUAUAUAUAUAUUUACAUAUGUAGUGUAGAUUGGAUUAGCCGUAUUAGUUCAGUAGACAAUAUGCCAGUAUGCAAUGAUUCCUUUUUUAUUGGACUAACUGAUGGAGUUUGACACUUAAAACAACUGAUGUUAUAUGCAGCUAUAUACUUGCAUGCCCUGCUCUGCUGUUUUCUUUUUUUUUUUUUAACCAGCUUAUUGACUCUCGUUUGUUUAUUUACUUCUUCUGCCAACCUGCACCUCUAACUUUCAGGCACAUCUUGUCUUUGAAAUAUUAUGUUGGUCAAAUAAAAAGGUAUCAAUGCACACUGCAAUACUCUGCAGUAUUUUGGCAUCUUAUCUCUCUCUCUCUCUCUCUCUCUCUCUCUCUCUCUCUCUCUCUCUCUAUAUAUAUAUAUAUAUAUAUAUAUGUAUGUAUGUAUUAUUAAUUUGAGCUGUAAUGCACAAAAUGCUGUGCAGUUUUUAAAAUGAGUUCAUAAAUAUUAGAUCUGUUAUAACAAUUAUAUUAAGAACUGUUAUUUAGAAGACUCCAAGAAUUUCCAGUGCUGCUAAAAACCCAUAAGAUUUGAAUUUGCUAUGAUUUUAUGUACAACUGUGUACUUGUUUGGAUAAGUCAGAACCACAGUCAGAUAAGUCAGAACCACAAAUGUGUUUUAUUGCAAUCUUUCAUAACCCUUAAUUGAUAUUGUGACGAAUGGGAAUAACCGGGGUCAGAUUUCUGUCGGUAACGUCUAUCAUACUUGAAGGGAGCCACAGUGGCUUAUAUUGAAGGGCCUGAAAACCAACAGAUGUCACUAGGGCACAUUAUGAGAUGAUAUACUGUAUAGGAUCUGCAGGUCACCUCUGCUGUCUGCCUCUGAGUUGCAUUAAGUCAGCAGCACGACUUGCAAUGGCUGUCUUUAAUGGGACAUUAAAUUAGGAAAAUUGCACAUCUUGGCUAAUUAUGCUACAAAAUCUCAGUUUCAUUAUAAUUGUAAAACAGUAGCAUACAGUUGCAAGAAAAAGUAUGUGAAACUUUUGGAAUGAUAUGGAUUUCUGCACAAAUUGGUCAUAAAAUGUGAUCUGAUCAUCAUCUAAGUCACAACAAUAGACAAUCACAGACUGCUUAAACUAAUAACACACAAAGAAUGAAAUGUUGCCAUGUUUACCAUGUAAACAUUCACAGUGCAGGUGGAAAAAGUAUGUGAACCCUUGGAUUUAAUAACUGGUUGAACCUCCUUUGGCAGCAAUAACUUCAACCAAACAUUUCCUGUAGUUGCAGAUCAGACGUGCACAACGGUCAGGAGUAAUUCUUGACCAUUCCUCUUUACAGAACUGUUUCAGUUCAGCAAUAUUCUUGGGAUAUCUGGUGUGAAUCGCUUUAUUGAGGUCAUGUCACAGCAUCUCAAUCGGGUUGAGGUCAGGACUCUGACUGGGCCACUUCAGAAGGCGUAUUUUUUUCUGUUUAAGCCAUUCUGUUGUUGAUUUACUUCUAUGCUUUGUGUCAUUGUCCUGUUGCAACACCCAUCUUCUGUUGAGCUUCAGCUGGUAGACAGAUGGCCUUAAGUUCUCCUGCAAAAUGUCUUGAUAAACUUGGGAAUUAAUUUUUCCUUCAAUGAUAGCAAUCCGUCCAGGCCCUGACGCAGCAAAACAGCCCCAAACCAUGAUGCCCCCAACACCAUACUUCACAGUUGGGAUGAGGUUUUGAUGUUGGUGUGCUGUGUCUUUUUUUCACCACACAUAGUGUUUUGUGUUUCUUCCAAACAACUCAACAUUGGUUUCAUCUGUCCACAGAAUAUUUUGCCAGUACUGCUGUGGAACAUCCAGGUGCUCUUGUGCAAACUGUAAACGUGCAGCAAUGUUUUGUUUGGACAGCAGUGGCUUCCUCUGUAGUAUCCUCCCAUGAAAUCCAUUCUUGUUUAGUGUUUUACGUAUUGUAGAUUCGCUAACAGGGAUGUUAGCAUUUGCCAGUGACUUUUGUAAGUCUUUAGCUGACACUCUAGGAUUCUUCUUCACCUCAGUGAGCAGUCUGCGCUGUGCUCUUGCAGUCAUCUUUACAGGACAGCCACUCAUAGGGAGAGUAACUGCAGUGCUGAACUUUCUCCAUUUAUAGACAAUUUGUCUUACCGUGGACUGAAAAACAGCAAGGCUUAUGGAGAUACUUUUAUAACCCUUUCCAGCUUUAUGCAAGUCAACAAUUCUUAAUCGUAGGUCUUCUGAGAGCUCUUUUGUGCGAGGCAUCAUUCACAUCAGGCAAUGCUUUUUGUAAAAAGCAAACCCUGAACUGGUUUGUUUUUUAUAGGGCAGCUGUAACCAACACCUCCAAUCUCAUCUCAUUGAUUGGACUCCAGUUGGCUGACAUCUCACUCCAAUUAGCUUGGAGAUGUCAUUAGUCUAGGGGUUCACAUACUUUUUCCACCUGCACUGUGAAUGUUUACAUGGUGUGUUCAAUAAAAACAUGGCAACAUUUCAUUCUUUGUGUGUUAUUUUUUUAAGCAGACUGUGAUUGUCUAUUGUUGUGACAUAGAUGAUGAUCAGAUCACAUUUUAUGACCAAUUUGUGCAGAAAUCCAUAUUUGCAACUGUAUUCUGUAGCACAGUGCUUUCUAAAUAACCUCCUACACUAUCUAGUUCUAGUGUAAUAGUGUGUGUAACUUUAGCUGUUCAUGUGGUUCUGUUUUGUUACGUCGGCAUUAAGUAGCUAUUUGUAGAUGUUUUGUUUAACAGAUAUACAAACUAAACCAUCCAGCAGCUGUCACUCUGUACAAAAGGGAAAAUUUAACAACUUUAUAACCUGGUUCUAUUUGUAUAUGAUAUUAUAUAAAGGAAUAUGUCAUGGUAAGAGUGGGUGAUUAGAGGUGCAAUGCACUUUCUAAUUCUAGAAAAUGUAAUUUUGUCUACAGAUGUGGACAGAUUAAAUGGAUAUCCUAAGCACCAAACCUCUUUAGCGUUACGCACUGUAACUGUCCAUUCCAUUAAGUUAGUUAUAGUAUCUGGAGUGCCUUGUCUCUGUCCUUCCAUUCAUCGUUACACCAUUUCUAAUGUUUAAUUGCUAAACAUGAGUGUCCAGCAUCCCAUCCUCUCUGUGCUACGUGGGCUAAUUAGGAAACAUUAGUCUGAACAGCAGUGGGUGACUGAGAGUGUCAGCUGAUUGCACUACCCAUUUCUGGUAUAAAUUGGUACGGGUAGAAGGAAAUGUGUAAUCUCUGCCUUUAUAAAAACAUUCAAAAGGGGAUAGAUGGGCUGUUCUACAUUUGAAAAUGGAAGGUGAACAUUGACUUCAUAGGGAAAGAUUGAUGGUAAAACCACUGACUUGUAGAAAGUCUGAUAAAGUAGGGUUAGUAGUUGAUAGAGGAAGUAAAAAGCCUUAAUGUCACAAUAUUACCAGCCCUGCAUGCAGAACUUGGCUGGACUAAAGGCAAAACAAGAUACAGAUAACAGCACGAGGAACAGGCUAAAAGCAGAGUCAAAAAGGCAAGCUGAGUUUGAGGAUUACAGAGUUAACAAUAGUCGGAAACUAGCCAGGGUCAGAAUGCGAAAUAGAACAAUGAAAUAUAACGCACUGUUGGAUGGCCACAAGGAAACCACAGCAGGGCAAAGCACAAAGUGCAGAGAUGGUCCAAAUAGCACCAGAAACUGUCUGAUUAACCAGCAUGAUUGCUGCAAUGCCAAAAGUUAAGAGGGCGACAUUAAACAAAUGACACAUGUAACUGUGCGUCAAAAUUGACUCAUGGACCUCGAGUCCCAUUAAAUAAUGUAGCAACCAGCAUUAGACAUGACGUAGGAAUGACACAGGUUGCUGAAAUGCGUAGCACACAGAGAAAGCGUAGCCCUAACAGGUAUUGGGACACUUCUGUUUUUGAUAUAUCAGGUUCUAUUUUCUUAGCAGAGUAAAUGUUUACAUUGGUUACUGAGUGGGAAUUUCUCCAAUGAAGUCUAUGGAAAAAUUGCUAUUCAGUAAGCAGAGUAAACACUGCUAAGAGAAUCCAGCCCAUUUUAUACAAUAUAUAAUAUUUAGAUGUUUGCAGGUUUAAUACAAUUCAUAAAAAAAAAUUAAAAGAAUGAAGAAAGAGCAGUGUUAUGCAGACAAUGUUUAUGAAUUGAAGUGGGUGGUCCACCAUGUCAAAAGUGGCAGAAUAGUCAAAAACAAAGCAGGAUUAUGAAGUUACGACCUUUUGGUUGUAACUGUUAUUUUAAUCGUUUUUAAUUUACCCUCUCCCACAUCUCGUGAGAAUUGUUUCAAUGUAUGUACAAUACUUUUGGGAAUGUGUUUCCGUCUCAUAUUCCCCCUGCGUGUGAGACCCUUUAACAUUACAACCUUAUUUUUUUUUUACAAUCUUUCGUUUCACCUGUUACAUAUAAAUUGAGGAGCGCAGAUACAGGAUAACAGUAUCAAUAGGCAAUGUACAAUAGUAUAUCUCCGAUGUCUGUAGGCAAAUAUUAACAGUCAAACCGUUAGAAGAUAUAAAAAUAAACUAGGAGUGUUAGGUCGGGUGAAAUCGAUAAGUUUGUUAGAUGCAUAAUCAUACAUAGGAUUGUUGGCAUAAGCAUAGAUUAUCACACAUGAAAUCGCCACGACGUUCCUCCCAACCCCCCACGGAUCAGGCUGUACACCCCCAGGCCGAUGAGGCGCUAGAAUACCCACCUAUGUGUUCCAGCCCUGGGCCCUGAAGUAAUCUCUUCGCAUCCUGUCCAUCACAUUUCUGUAUCCAGGGUGCAGGUAUGGUUUAGUUUUUAGGUUGAACGUCGGGUCAUGUAGUCAAUCCAAGGGGUCCACAUUUGCAGGUAGCAUUCCGUGCUUCCCUUCAGGGAUGCUGUGAGCAUUUCCAUCUCGCGUAUCUCUUCAACCUUGUCCGUCCACUGUUUGAGAGUGUGUACCUUGGUGGAGCACCAAGUGACCUGGAUUAUAAGUUUGGCUGCAUUUAGAAGAUGCCUGGUAACGACAUCUUAUAUCUCGAUAUAGGCAUUGUGGUGUGGUGGAGGAGCAUCUGUAGCGGCUGAAAUGGGAUAUCUGAGUCUAGUAUGUCUUUUGUUUUUGCAUGGACGUCAGUCCAGAAAGGGGUUAUUUUGUUGCAGGACCACUAGAUAUGGAGAUCCGAACCCACCUGUUCCUCACAUCUCCAGCAGGUCUCAGGGACAUCAGGCAGCAUACAAUGUAUUCUCUCAGGCGUUCUAUACCACCCAAUAAACAAUUUGUAGUUGAGUUCCUGUUGUUUGGAGCAAAUGUAGCCCUGGUGCGUCAAUAUGUGAAUUUUCAUCCACUAAGAGUCGGAGGGAUAUUUUUUUUUUUUUUAAUUAUGCUUAAUUUUGCUCAUUUCUAUUUGCCAAACAGAAUAAUAUAAGUGAACAUUUUGCUCUACUGAGUGCCCUGAUGCAUCAAUGACCUUUCAUCUUGCGAAACGCAAAAAUGCUUUAUUUUUUUCUUUUUAAAUAAGACACAGUCAAUUAUUAAAAUUGUUGCAGCAGAGUCUGUCUUUCAUCUUUCAAUUGUUUUUCGGUAUUAAACUGUUGCUGAAACUUGUGACAUUAUCCGGCAGGUCUGCAGUAGGAUGUGAAAAUAAAUGUUCCAUCUAAGUAUGUUUUUGAAGUGUCCAGUAAAAGGUAUCUUUAUAACAACCAACUGUGCAAUUUGCAUACAAAUAAUAUAUGCACCAUACCAACUGCAUUGUGUUUUUUAAAGAUUAUAAUUCAUGUAACUACUGGAAUCGCCACAAAUAGUGCUUUAAAGAGUUGAGAAGAUAACGUGAAAAAGACACUAUAUAUAUAUAUUUUAUUUAUUAAAUUAUCAAUUGUUGGGAGUUCAAAGUGAAUUUGAACUUUUCGGGAAAAAUAGACGAACUAGAUACGUAAACCACUUAAAGAUUUUUUUUCAGUCAGGUUAUUGUGGCCUUUGAUUUCAAAUUCACUUUGAAAUCCCAAUAAUUAAUUUAGUAAAUAAGCCUGUCUCUUUGAUUGUUCUUUUAUCUGUCCAAAAGCUUGUUCUUCGUACAAUACUCAGGAGAAGGCUUUGUAAAAAUGCAAAAUUUAUCCUCAUGAAACUUUUCAUCUCGUUCUCUUCUAACAAAUAAAAUUUCAGCUAUGAUGUGUCUCUAAUCCUAUUACCCUUAGCCAGCCAAAGUACUUUUUGUUGCCAGUGUUCCUUUAACUUAAUGUGAGGGUACAUACCCUGGUGCUGAGCCGAUCACUUGGUGCUUCGACUUUCCCAAGUCUGCACCACAACAUUUUCUCCCUCUCUGGGUCCUUUGUAGGCGCUUGACAUCAGAUGUAUGGCUCCGCCCCUUUUUAAUGACACUCACAAACAUCGUGAUGUCAUUGAUGCAGAAUUGCGUGAUUGCUGACAAAGUUUUGGGGGCAUGGCUAUCAAGUUCACACCUUAAACUUAUAAAUACUUUGCUUUUUGCAUUGGUUCAGUGCCCUGUCGUGGUUUCCUUGUGAAUCCAGUAGCUCGUUUCUGAUUAUCUGUGUUUUCCUGCUUAUCUGUAUUGGAUUGUCCAACUACUCUGAUCUCUGUACUCCUUGACCCGGCUUGGAAUUUCUGUAUUUCUGGAAUCCGUGACCGCAGCUUGUUCUCAUUGACUUUGAUAUUUCGCCUGCUAAAGGCCUUGCGUUAAGCCCGUACACUCCAAGGUCCGAUUAUAUACUGCUAUUCUUUGUUUCAGUCUUGAUAAACAUAGGUUUAUGCACUUAGUGUAGGUUUUGUGUACUUACCUUGGCACCUACGCCUAUCCAAAAGCUGUCUUUGACUGGCUGAGAUUCUUAAUAAAAUCAAAUGAUCCCCUGCCUCUUGACCUACCCCUCUUUUAGCUCCUUGAGUACCAGGAUGUUGAGUUAUUCAUUGCAGCUCCCUUUCGCGGAGGAGUUGAUUGCCCUUCUAGGCUAAGCUUAAUUUCCCAUGUCAAACAGUUGAAUUUACCUUAAAAAUGUAGAGACACAUGUAUUGACUGCCUCUAAAUACCUCUCUGUGCUCAGGGCAAUAAACUAUCUGGUGCGCUGUAAUUACUAUUCAAGCAACUAACCAGUUUGAAAGCUCUAUUCGUGUUUAAUUAAGCUGAUUAGCACCCUAGAUUUUGUGUGCUCAUCCAUGUUAAGCAACAGCGAGAAGCCUUAAUUAACCAGAUUAAUCAGUAACCUAGUUUGAAGGAAAAUACGAGUGAGCGCAGGCAUUGACAUGUUUCACGAAGGCAAUUUAGCUGUCAUUUAUAAUCAGCAAUAUUGAAGACCUUAAUAAGUCUUCAAAAUAAUAUUGUAUAAAAUAUUCCAUGUACAGAUAAAAAGAGCAUGCCUCAUCAUAGCAAUGCUGUAAUAUAAUGGCAUUGAAAUUAAAGCAGCACUCUUAUAUAGUGCUAUAUAUCUUGCUCUAUAAUCCUGUGUACUCGGAAGUUGGGGGUACUGCUGUGUACCCUCUAACUCUAAUGGAUGUUGAAGAUUCUGUGCGCUUUAACACUCACCACUCUUAACUAGAGGAAUGAUGGGAGUUACAGUAUACAGCAUACUGAAAACACCUAACCCCUAAGCCAACCUAACCUUAGUGAAAUUGUUUGUCAUUCCUGUAAUCAUGGUGGAUUCUUACGAACGAGGCCGUGUUUCAGUAUCCCUCAAAUUAAGCUUUUUUUAAACACUUUGUUUUGACAGACAAUUCAAUGCCUACUAACUGCCCGCCAUAGCUAGUAAAGUGUUUUCCAGGGUUCAACAAUCCUAAAGUAGAGGAAGGCACUGAAUAUAAUAUUUCCACAUAGCACGUCAGUGCUGUACUCACUCGCUUUUCCGUAUUCAGUGCUAUGUUGGCUUGUUUUCCUUUAAUUUGUGAUAGUUCGGAAUUUAAUGAAUAACUUUGUAAAUGUGUAUUUGAGGUGAAUACAAAAUAAGGAGCUAAUGGUUUCGAAGAAGAGUUCCGGUACUAUCUAGAAGUAUUCUGUAAGUGUUGCUACAAUUCCCAUGAUGCUUUGCCAGUCAGUUGCGCAGUAGAAAUCACAACUGCCUUUUGAAAAGGCACUUCAUGCAAAUUAAUUUUACUUACUUUUCCAUGAUACUCUGGUACAGUGUAACUGUUUCAUUGUGCAUUUUACACGGAAUUGCAAAAAUUCUUUCCUCUUUGACCUUUGGUGGAACAAAUGAUGAAUGGAGGUGCACAAAAGCAAUUUAAGUCUCCCAAAAGAUCGUGGUGGGUACCCAAUCUUGGGUCACAGCAUCCUUUCAGAAAGGUCACAGAUUAUACUUUUAAUCAUAUAUAAUAAAACUGAUAACAUGAGUUCACAGACAUAGCUAUUAUGUACUGCAUAUAAAGAAUACUCUUAUCUCAAAUGUGUGUUUUCAAACCUAGACUCCUGCAAAGGUACUGUCCACUGUGAAUGCAGGCUUUCUUAUCUUUUCGGUGGUGACUUUACUAGGAGACCUGCUCUAUAUUAUUUUGUUAUCAGCCCUUAUUCAACAAUAGUGCUUUGAAGCUUCAAUCAAGCCUUAGAGCUUUCACAUCACCCGAGGACCAGAGCAUCUUUAACAUUUGCAUUUAUCUGUAAUGUAUGCAAUGAUGACACAACACAUGGGGUUGGAGAUAUCUAAAUGAUCAAUGAUCGAAUGUUCCCAGGGCUUAGCUUGUGCAACUUUACAGUCUAGGUUUGCGGGGUGUAUGGUAAUUGAAAAUGUGAACGUGUUUUGACUGCCAUUAAUGAUAUACGGAAUUGGGUAGCGCUAUCAAGCAGGUUUCUUGGAAUGUGUUUGUGGGGGCGUGUUGUGAAAUUUUAUUUGCAAAAAAGAAUUUGACAAAUUGCCAGCAGGAAGCCCAGAUCAGAUAAAGAACAAGAGAUUGUGUUUGGAAUUUUAAGAAACCGCUACUUAAAAAUCCACUAUACUUUAGAAAUAUGUUGCAAUUCAUUUAUCUAAGCAACUGUUAUGUUUAAUAGUACAGAAUAGUUUUUGCCUCAAAUUGUAGCCUUUAAAAAAACAUGUAUAUGUUGUAGUCAUUAUUUCUGAAUUUAAUGACCAGUACCUAAGAAAAUACAGGGCAAUAACAUUUUCAAAUUAACCACUUAUUCCGAUUAUUUUAAUUAUAUUUUUUCUCCUGGAAACUAAUCCACUCAAAUCAUGGAAGCAUAGGUUCUGAUUGGUCAAGAAUGCCAGCACAUUUUUUGUGUUUAUUGAUAUUUUUAAUUCAGGUGUAGGUGACAUUCAUAAGUAAUCAGAACUACAAUUUAAAGGUGACCUAAAUGGGAAUGCAAUUUAAGUUUGGCACCAUAAUGGUGAAUAGGGAAAAAUACAUUGAAAGUAACAGUAGACAGUUUAAAUGGUGGAACUGGAAUACUUAUUUAAAUGCAUUUACAUUCAUUGAUGUAUGUAAGUUGUGUAAUGCCAUUAUCCUGGGUGCUUUAUUAAUAAUAGGUAUUUUGCAGGUUAGUAAUACAAAUCGGAAUAAGAGGGAACCUAAAUGAUAAGAAGUAAAUAGGUAUAUGUAUCUAUAGUGCUAUCCCCAGCAUUUGGUAUAUAGGGUACAUUCUGUCACAAGAUGCCUGGUUUCCUGAUGCCGGCGACAUGGUAGUUGGUGAGCACACAAUAAGGGAGUUGAAGUUCCCUUGCUCUGCAAUCCUUUAUGUAUCUUUUUCUUUUUCCUUUCUACAGAGAGUUGAGGCUGAGAAUUCAAGGGGAGAUAGCCAGGACCUUCAACAUCAAUGCCUCUUCCAUAUAUCUCACUAAGCCCACCUUCUUCUCGCGCAUGAACAGCUCUGAGGCCAAAACCACCCAUGAUGAGUACUGGCACCCCCACAUCGAUAAGGUGAGGACCAUUCAUACAAAACUGAUAAAGCAGGGGAUAUUUUUUCUCCAGAGCUGAAUAACUAGUGGAAGUUAAAAAUAAACAAGCACUAUAGUGUUAGGAAUACAAAGCUGUAUUUUUGUGUCCCCCUGCACCUCCACCACCACCACCAGCCGUGGCAAUUAAAGGAUUACAUUACCCUUUAUAUACUCACUUUAUUCCAGCUCUGAGGUCUCUAUGUGCAGGCUCUGCGUGAUCCGAUGUCAUCACGAGGGGAACCUAAUACCCAUGUGUUGCGGGCGCCCUGUACACAUUAGGCCUUCCCAAAGGAAAGCAUUGAAUUGUUGCUUUCCUAUAGGCAUAUAGAAAUUAAUGUACAUCCUCGUCCAGUGUCAUUUCACAGAGUUAAGCUACAUAAAAUAGCAGGAAACACCUCUAUACUUUCUGUCAAACUGCAAUGUUUUCAGCUGCAGAGUUAAGAGGACAUGGACACUGCACCCAGACCACUUCAAUGAGAUAAAGUGGUCUGGGUUUAUGUAGUGUCCUUUUAACGGUGGCCUGACUUUGUAACUCCCACUUAAUCCCCGACCCUGCCCUAACACAUACCCUUGCUAAAAUAUCAUGUAACAUAAAAGAUAUGUAUAGGCGAAGAAAGUAAUAGAAGAAAAUUAUAUUAUCUCUGGAUUCGGGAUAUAUUUAAAACAGACUCAAACUUUUGGUUUUGUAAUUUAUUUAUAUAUCUCCAAACCCCUAAAUUACUUUUCCAUAAUACACAGUUUAACAUUCUGCAUCAUCUAUAUAACAUACAUACACUAUAUAACUAGUACAGUGCCUCCUCUUCACUGUAAUAUAACCUAUACAGUACCAAGUACACCAGUUAACACUAUGUAAAUACAAUCUACAUACACUAUUAUUAUUAUUAUUGACAUUUAUAUAGUGCCAACAGAUUCCAUAGCGCUUUACAAUGUUAUGAGAGGGGGGAUUUAACUAUAAAUAGGACAAUUACAAAAAACGUACAGGAACGAUAGUUUGGAGAGGACCCUGCUCAAACGAGCUUACAUUCUAUAGUAUUCAACUACUCUAUAUCAUAUGUACUAUAAUUAAAGUUGUAAAUUGUCAAAUAUACCAGUUAGCCAAUAUAGAUAAUCUGUAAAUACUCUUUUGCAGUGACUAUACCUACUCGUUAAUAUAAUGAAUUUGUAUGGUGCUAAAUACCUGCCGGCAAGGUAUAAAUAAAACCUAUAUACAUUGUAUAACUGCGACACUGCCUAUCCAUUCCUCUGCCAUAAUAUAAAUGCGUAGUGAGAAGUAAUGUGAUCUCUAUUGGAUGGCUGAACCAGUGUGACGCUCAUAAAAAGUCCCAUGUGCAUUCUUUAUUUGGUCUAAAUACCAGAGAUGGGAUAAAAUAAUUGCCAUGUGAUUUUGUAUUCACCGAGUUGCUGUUUAGAUUUCCAUUAUAAAAUGUCUGUUUUUAUACACAGUAAUGUUAAUAGGGGACCAUGACCCCUGCUUACUUGUAUGAUUGGUAGGUAGGAGCAAUGCUUGUGCCUCUUGGAAGGACUGCAGGCUGAGUGAUUAGAAAAACCACAAGCACUGCACGUGGAAAUCUGAAAACCUGCUUUAAAGCAAUUCUUAUAUAUUCUGACCUGUCUUUAUUUUUUAUAUGUUUUGUCUGUGAUUGGAUUCAUAUGGCUACAUAUGAGCAUUUGCUCUGUCUAUUGUCUGUCUGAAAUAUAGAAUAACGAUGACUAAUUAAGUAAUAUUACUGUCGCCUGUGUUCCCGAUCGUUUAAACUUGCUGUGUGUGCACUAAUGCUUUCCUCAUCAGCUGUCAGGUAGUAUUUUUGUUUAAAAUGCUAUCUGUAAUGAUAUGUGUCUGUUUUAUAGCGCUGCGCCGGAUGCAGUGUUUUAACUCGAUGUUCUAUCACAGAAACAAAAGUUAAAAUGAAAGCUUAAUGUUACUUUAAUGCGUUUCUGACAAACUGCAUCGUGAAGCUGGUACAGUAUGGGGAGGAUUGAUUUCUGCACUAGACCUCUAAUAUUGACUACAUGUCAAAAGCAGUCUUGGAGAGUUUAUAUGUCAUUUAAUUUUACAUUCCGUCACUGCUGUACUCCCCCAUCGCAAGCAGCAGCCACUACACUUGUGUUGAGUCAAUGGUACUUGGCUUGGCUUUUGAGUGUGUUUACCCACCAACCUUAAAUGAUAUGUUACUGGGGGCAGUCCUCUAUUUAAAGUGACCUAAUGGUUUUUAACAAUUUAUGGACAGAACUCCACUCCAGGGUACACGUUGUACCCUCCAAUUUUUCACUCUAAAUGUACUGGUAUUAGACUGCUUUGAUCACUUGUUCUCUAGCAAGUGUUCCCUUUAUCUCUGUAUUGAGAGUUCAAACUUCUGAACGUAACAGUGCGUGUAGUCAAGGGAUCCAUGAUCUGUAUAAUAAAUUAAUUAAAGAAAGGAUUAAAUUAACGUAGGAGGUGAUGGAGCUAAAGCCCUAGGCACUUUUCACUGUAACAGGCCAAAGUAGAAUUCGAUGAUUUAGUGCUGGAGAAGGGCUUAGUCCCAGGAAUCAUGCCUUAGAGGGGAAAAUGUUGGCAAUUAUGGGAUAGGUCAACGUAAGUGCUUAAGUGUAAAAAUGCAUUUGAAAUGUUCUUAUCUCAAAUACCACUUUACAGGUAAAUCGAUAUAACAUGCUGCCAAUGAAACUAGUGAAAUGUUUAAUAUUUAACAUAUAUUUUGAGCUGUCUGCUUGGAACGUUCGAUCCUUUUUAUUACUCUAUUAAACAGAAUGGGGACUGUUAAUUUGUGUAUGGGUGAAGUGGAUUUAUAGUACACUGCUUGUGUUAUGGAAACUUGAGAGUGUGGAGAGGGAACGUGCGCUAAAAGGGAAUUUGUUCUUUGUCUGCACUUGCAAAGUAAACCAGUGCUGUGUUGAAAGUGAAUUGCUGGUAUAUCUGUAUCUCUGUGUUUUUAUGUUGAAAGCGAGCUGGUGCUGUGUUUUUUUGUGGAAUGGGAGCUGAUGGUGUUUCUUAGUACACAUGGGUGCUUGUGGUGUCUUUUUGUGGAAUGGGAGCUGGUGGUGUGUCUUUGUACAGUAAGCGAGCUGAUGGUAUGUAUUUCUUCAGUAAGUGAGCUGGUGAUAUGUAAUUUAAUGGGAAGGGAGCUGGUGGUGUCUUUGUACAGUAAGGAAGCUGGUGAUAUGCCAUUUAACGGGAAGGGAGCUGGUGGUGUGUCUUUGCAGAGUAAGGGUGGUGGUGUGUCUUGGUACAGUAAGGGAGUUGGUGGUGUGUCUUGGUACAAUAAGGGAGCUAGUGAUAUGUAAGCUCAUCGAGCAGGGUCCUCAACCCCCUCUGUUCCUGUACGUCAGUGGUCUGAUCGCAAUUAUGUUUCUGUUAGUCCACCCAUUGUACAGCGCUACGGAAUUUGUUGGCGCUAUAUAAAUAAUAUAAUAAUAAUAAUAUGUCAUUUAAUGGGAGGGGAGCUGGUGGUGUGUUUUUGUAGAGUAAGGGUGCAGGUGGUGUAUCUUGGUACAGUAAGGGAGCUGGUGAUAUGUCCAUUAACGAGAAGAUAGCUGGUGGUAUGUCUUGGUACAGUAAGGGAGCUGGUGGUGUGUCGUUGUAGAGUAAGCGUGCAGGUGGUGUGUUUUGGUACAGUAAGGGAGCUGGUGAUAUGUCAUUUAAUGGGAAGAUAGCUGGUGGUGUGUCUUGGUACAGUAAUGGAGCUGGUGAUAUGUAAUUUAACGGGAAGAUAGCUGGUGGUGUGUCUUGGUACAGUAAGGGAGCUGGUGAUAUGUAAUUUAACGGGAAGAUAGCUGGUGGUGUGUCUUGGUACAGUAAGGGAGCUGGUGAUAUGUCAUUUAACCCCUUAAGGACACAUAACGUGUGACAUGUCAUGAUUCCCUUUUAUUCCAGAAGUUUGGUCCUUAAGGGGUUAACGGGAAGAUAGCUGGUGGUGUGUCUUGGUACAGUAAGGGAGCUGGUGGUGUGUCUUUGUACAGGAAGGGAGUUGGUCGUGUGUCUUUGUACAGGAAGGGAGUUGGUCGUGUGUCUUGGUACAGUAAGGGAGCUGGUGGUGUGUCUUUGUACAGGAAGGGAGUUGGUCGUGUGUCUUUGUACAGGAAGGGAGUUGGUCGUGUGUCUUUGUACAGGAAGGGAGCUGGUGGUGUGUCUUUGUACAGGAAGGGAGUUGGUCGUGUGUCUUUGUACAGGAAGGGAGCUGGUGGUGUGUCUUUGUACAGGAAGGGAGUUGGUCGUGUGUCUUUGUACAGGAAGGGAGUUGGUCGUGUGUCUUUGUACAGUAAGGGAGCUGGUGGUGUGUCUUCAGGUGGGAACUGAAUUUGCAUCAUGUUUGCUGUCUGCAGAUUGGUCGUUUUUGUAAUUUGUGAUUAGGAGUAAGUUGUGCGUGUAAGUGAAUUACUGAAACCUGGUUCAAAAUGUAUCUGUGGUGCAAUAAGCAAUAGAUUUUACAUAUCCCUGGUGUGUUAAUCUGUGGAAUAAUUUCCUUACUCUUUCUGCUGAGUCUAUGCUGAUUCUGCAUAAGGAAGCGAUGAUUGGAUUACUUUGCUUUAAAAUGAGUGUGUAAAGGCAGGAUUUGAUUAACAUAGUGCUUAAUAGCCUGUCCUCCAAGAAAGCCGUUCCCUAGUGUCUCACGCACACCACCAACCUUUCCCUAUUCAAGGUUACUUACAGUCUUAUUUAAUAAAUGAGAACUCAAAGUCAAUUUAAAGUUUUAAGGCCACAGUAGCUAAACUCAAAGCAUAGCCGACUGUUUUCACCUUAAGUUUGAAAUUCUUUGAAUUCUCACUGUAGUGAAUAACCCUGAUGAUGUUAGUCCCAUCAAAAUCCCCAGUUCCCAGUGCUUUACCCAGAACCCUUAGCUGCAAUGUAAUCACCAUGUACUGUGUCAGAACGGUGACAGAUUUGACAUUUGUUCAAACAAGGCUCUGUCGUAUUUACAGCUCCUAAAGCGGAGGGUUUUCCGAUACCUUUUAACUGCCUGUAACUUUUCUUGUGUAUAAUAUUCAUCCUGAACAUGUUGAUUGACAUUGUGUAAGCCACAGUGGAUAUUAUGGGCUGCUGUGGCAGUGUGAAUGUCAGCGGCGACACUCCACUUUGAAUUAUUUUACAAUUUUGGCACGGCUGUAUAGAAAUAAGGCCAAUUAGACGGGAGAAGAGGAAGCUGCCCGAUUUCAUAUUCUGUGUUUGUAGGCGUCUGUGGGGCGUUACUGCUUCUGCUUUCCUUUUGGGAGAAAUAAUUGAAAUUUCUCUAAAGAGUCGGAACGGCUAGUGUUCUAGCAAUGUAUUCAGUAAUGGAGGGGCAGAAAGUGCUCCCUUUUCACCCCAGUUGUGAAUGGAAGUUCUAUACACAAUAAUCAAUCACUAAUUCCUUUUGUCACCCUGUCUGGCUGUCACUGACACGGAGAUGCCCCUAAUAGAGGUCAGGAAUGUUUUACUGUUGAUUUUUCUGGUUAGCUGACUGUCAAAGUGAAGAUGUUUAAAGGUGAGUGGAACCUGUAAUCUCAAUGCGUAUUGCCCCCUGUCUGCUGUGGGGUCAUUCUUAAUGUGUAGAAACAAAAUGCGGGAACAUUUCGUAUCACCCGCUUCACCCUAAUUAACUGUCACUUGCCAUAACCUCACAGUGGAGGAGCCGCAUCCAGGCCAGUUUAACCUCUAAGAUGAAUCAACCAACACUGGCACAUUUAAGGACGGGCAUGUUGGUAGUCAAUGCCGGUAAGAUUUAAAGGAUCAGAAGGAGUGCUGGGUCACUCAGCCACAGCAAUAUUGCUUGAACUCUGAAGGCUGUAAGAAAAUGGAAUAAACCUGUGUAUGGUAUUUCACUUAGAAAGACAUUAGAGGUUUAGAAAUAAUAAUAAAUUAAAGGGACACUCCAGGCACUAUAACCACUUCAUCUUAAGUUGGUUAUCGUGCCUGGAGUCAUGGUGCGGUACCUCCAUUCAAUGUUAAACAAGUUUCAUCCUAAUACUUCCACAUUAUCCCAAGCAGCACAGAGGGACGGACUACUGAGUAGUCUCUUUUACUAUUAAAACAUUAAAAAUAAUUUAAUGCAGAAUGGAAGAAUGGUACCAGGGGGCUGCAGACGCUAUAAGUAGCACAGAUCUUGGACAGCAAGUAAUUCCUCCUAUGAAGUGUGAGAGCCAGGGGAACACAUCUUAUAGCUGCAACAAGUUUUGCACGUUACAGUGUCCCUUUAAAAGGAGAAGCUUCUUAAAUAAAUUAUAAACUGCUUAUGUAUUAAAAAGCACAAAUUGUUUGCUGCUGCAAUAAGCCCUGCAUAUUAGAGAAUUCAGAUACCAAGAGCUGUAGGAAGAAGUGAAUAUUAAGGAAUCAAAGUUGUUCUCUUAUUGUCGACUUCGUGUUUUUUUCUGGUUGAUAUUCUCUCCUCUGUGCAGCAAUUUAAAAGAGGAGUUACUGGGACCCUCGACAGUCUCUUGCUCCUAUUGAAAUGAAUGUCUCGAUAUUCACAACCCAUAAUGAGUAAAAUAAUUCUUCUAUUUAACUUUCUAUACCAUGUGCACUUCAGUUUCCUUAUUGUGAAAGAGAAAGUAGUCUUCAAAACAAAAUGCAAAAAAGAAAUUCACCAAAUUAAGGAAUUUUUGCAGAAAAAAAGAUAGAGAACAUCCAUCAUGUAAAGUUAUACGUAUAUUAAGAGGACCCAAUGACAAAGCGUCCCCAAGUGCUAAUGACUAGCUUAUAUUCACUUUUUUAGUUUUUGACAAUCAGCCUUGGUGCCAGCUUUAUUGUUAAGGUGUAUUUGUCAGUUUGCAUUGUCUUGUAUUUGGUAUGCUGGAGACCUGCUGUAGCUGUUUGAAGUCAAAGUUAUAGCCUCUGCAUUACAAUCUUCUAAAGUGGCUUUAUAUCGAACUUCAAUUUAAUCACUGUGAUCCCAAAGUACUCCGGAACUUGCUUGUUAUUUUAGCUUACUCCGUCCUAAUUAGACAUGAUGUUUUCAUUUAUUUACGGAAAACUACUGCUGUUGUACAUGUUGGCUUUACAUCACUUUUUCCAAUAAAACAUCUAUGGAAGAAUUUGUAAUAAUAUAUUCUAAAUUAACUGCCAUAAAACCUUUCUGAUGGAUAUUUAAAGGGAUACAAUAUGCAGAAAUUGACAAGUUAUUUUUCAUUUCCUUUGUCUUCUAGAUAAUACGUUAAAUAUAGACUUAAGCAAAUGCUUAAGUUGGUAGACCCCUUCAAAAACAGGAAAUAGCUCCACCCAUGAGGAGUCUCUCAUUCUGGUUUCUAUCUUUUUCCCAUAAACCCCCUGUACAGCGAGGAAUAAAUAAUUACGGUCCCAGACGCAGUUCCACUUAUCACACAAUACAAGCAGUAGGUUCUUGGACAGCAAGUAAAAUUCCUCCUAUGAAGUGUGCGUCUUAUAGCAGCAACAUUUUUUGCAAAUAUUGCAGUAGGGAGAAGGGGGGCAGGGUACUCUCUAUAUCAGGUGUAGGCAAACUUCGUUACUCCAGAUGUUUUGGACUACACCUCCCAUGAUCCUUUGUCAGCAUUAUGGGUGUAAGAGCAUUUUGAGAGAUGUAGUUCACAACACUAGGAGUGCCGAAGGUUGCCUACCCCUGCUCUUUGCCAUAACCUUUAUAAUAAUGCAAUGUUGUUAUGGUGCUAAGAGUGACCCUUCUAUGUCUUGUAAAAACCAUCAUCCUUGAGUACUGCACCUAUUUUAAAAUAGUUAUACAGAUUAAAAUAGAUAAUGAGCAAUGGAUUGCGAAACUGAUUCUAUUUUUUAUCUUAUAAAUAUUAUGUAAAAAAUUAUCCUAUUAGGGAUUGUAGAGGGGAAACUUGCAAUGUUGUGUUACCCAGCAUCCCAUUCAAGGAUUUUGCAUUUUGUUGAAGAGGGAACAAUCUAAACAACUUUCAGUGGUCAUUGUGGGUUUAUCUCAAUUAUGGUACAAAGUUAAAACUUAAAACAAUGUAAUAGUUACUAUUAUGAAAAACUGGCUUAACCUUAAAGAUGCUACAUCAAGUACUUGAAACCAGGUUAAUUAAUCAUUUGCAGAGACACAGGUUGGAGCGGAUUUAAAUAAAAGAAUUUGUGCAUUUAUCAGCAAAGCAGUAAAUAGCUGCUUACUGUGAGGAGCAAAGCGUUUUGUCUGUUUGACUAAGCCCCAGCUCCGUUUGCAGCUCUAAUAACUGCAGAAAGCCCCUGGGGAGGACCCGUAAAGCGCUAAAGAAUCCCAAAAGACCUUGCUUUCUCUGUGUCAGCAAAUAAAUUCUUAGGAUUUGGAUAUUCCUUGCUUUCUUUUGUUGUUGAUUUUUUUUUUUCUAUUUAAUUCUGUCCCUCCAGAGACUUCAAGGAGAUGGAGAUGACAGACAUCAAGAAUUCAUUGAUAUAACAAGUGAAUGGCAUUGGGGAAAGCACAGCUUCCUCAGGUUUCUUAGUUAUGAAAAUGAUUAUAAUAAAUAGCUGAGCCUGUUAAUAUCACAGAAAUAUCCCCAGCAGCCAGAUCGCUGCUGUAAAGUGCAGAUACAGGUCACGUGUGUUAUUAAGGUAGCAGAGCAGGUAUCUGUGAUGUAUGGGUAUCAUGUCCUGGUGUUGGGAUUGCCAUAGGGGCCUUACUACCUGCCCACUCCUUAUAUUUGUAUGUAUACUGCUGCCUUUGCUGAAAAAUUCCUACAAAAUCUUAGUUUACUAAUAUUUCCAAACUAUUAGAAACUGGAAAUUGUACUUUGAAAAAGAUCACAUUUUUUUAAUCCUGAGAAUAUUUCACCCAUGUCUCAUUUGGCAGAACGGGUGCCGCUACAGACUGUUGUCUUAUAUAUGACCUGUGGAGGGACUGUCACAGAUCUAGUUGUAUGAUUUAGAUGUAACCUUUACACAAUGUUUACAAAAUUAGAUGUAUAGUUCAAAUGGCAUACUUACUUGUACUCUCAUAUGUACUUAGCUUUGCAUGCACUCUUAGAAUGCCAAUCUUGCAUUCCAUUCUAUGAUCCGGAACAUGGCAUUAUGGGUCUGAAUACUGGAUGUAAAUGUAAUGAAGAUAUUAGCAGUUUGGCUAGUGUAUAUAUGAAUGGUAUCUUCCGAGGGUGUGAUUUUUGCAUGACAUGAAGGAGGACACCAGACUAGGGUCAGAUUUAAUUAAUACACAUUUAUUUACUGUAUAACCAGAUUACAAUAUGUUUUUUUAAUAUUUAUUUUUUAGUAUUUUGGGUAUAUGUCGUUUUUGCAGAUAUAUGAAAAGGGUUACAACACAGUGUUAUAUACAUGUUUAACUGUAUAUUGUUUCAAAUGUGCUGUCUGCAAUUCUGUUGGGUAUAUAGGGGAGCAUAUAGACACAAGUGGCUCUUUAGUAUGUAUUGGUUCACAGUUUCUUGCACCUAUUCUUGCACCUAUUUUUUUCUUUAUAUUAGGGCCAGAUCUGUUAGCUGCUGCCUAGGAAUAAUGGGAGUUUGAGCUGAUGUGUACUAUAAUGAUUGCUGUCGCCCAGGAGUAAUGGGAGUUUGAGCUGAUGUGUGCUAUAAUCAUUGCUGCCGCCCAGGAGUAAUGGGAGUUUGAGAUGAUGUGUACUAUAAUCAUUGCUGUCGCCCAGGAGUAAUGGGAGUUUGAGCUGAUGUGUACUAUAAUGAUUGCUGUCGCCCAGGAGUAAUGGGAGUUUGAGAUGAUGUGUACUAUAAUCAUUGCUGCCGCCCAGGAGUAAUGGGAGUUUGAGCUGAUGUGUACUAUAAUCAUUGCUGCCGCCCAGGAGUAAUGGGAGUUUGAGCUGAUGUGUACUAUAAUCAUUGUUGUCGCCCAGGAGUAAUGGGAGUUUGAGCUGAUGUGUACUAUAAUCAUUGUUGUCGCCCAGGAGUAAUGGGAGUUUGAGCUGAUGUGUACUAUAAUCAUUGCUGCCGCCCAGGAGUAAUGGGAGUUUGAGCUGAUGUGUGCUAUAAUCAUUGCUGCCGCCCAGGAAUAAUGGGAGUUUGAGCUGUUGUCGCCCAGGAGUAAUGGGAGUUUGAGCUGAUGUGUACUAUAAUCAUUGCUGCCGCCCAGGAAUAAUGGGAGUUUGAGCUGUUGUCGCCCAGGAGUAAUGGGAGUUUGAGCUGAUGUGUACUAUAAUCAUUGCUGCCGCCCAGGAGUAAUGGGAGUUUGAGAUGAUGUGUACUAUAAUCAUUGCUGUCACCCAGGAGUAAUGGGAGUUUGAGCUGAUGUGUACUAUAAUCAUUGCUGCCGCCCAGGAGUAAUGGGAGUUUGAGAUGAUGUGUACUAUAAUCAUUGCUGCCGCCCAGGAAUAAUGGCAGUUUGAGCUGAUGUCGUCCAGGAGUAAUGGGAGUUUGAGCUGAUGUCGUCCAGGAGUAAUGGGAGUUUGAAUUUAGUGCUUAAUUGUGUAUGUUUGUAUUUGCUUUUGUAUUACACAGCCAUGUUACAGUGCUGCCUCCCACCCCACGUGUUCCCUAUUAAGGGUUAAUAAGUGUGUAGAAGUUUAGAAAAAUACCCCUCUCUGUCUUAUUAGGGUUUUUACCUUUUACCACACUAUAGUCACCUGAACAACUACAGCCUAAUGUAGUUGUUCUGGUGAAUAUAAUCAUUCCCUGCGGGCCUUUUUAUGUAAACCCUGCCUUUUCAGAGAAAAUUCCUCAGAUGGCUGCUAGAGGUGCUUGCUGAACUAUAGAUUUAAUGCAUCUCUACGAGGAGGUGCUGAUUGGCCAAGCCAGUGUUUGGUCCGCCCUGUCCCGCCUCGUUGUCGAUUUCAGCCAAUCCAAAGCUUUCCAUUAGGGAAAUCAUUAAAUCUGUUCAUGUCAGAUUUAAAGGACCACUCUAGGCACCCAGACCACUUCAGCUUAAUGAAGUGGUCUGGGUGCCUGGUCCAGCUAGGGUUAACCCAUUUUUUCAUAAACAUAGCAGUUUCAGAGAAACUGCUAUGUUUAUGAAUGGGUUAAGCCUUCCCCUAUUUCCUCUAGCGGCUGUCUCAUUGACAGCCACUAGAGGCGCUUGCGUGCUUCUCACUGUGAUUUUCACAGUGAGAUCACGCCAGCGUCCAUAGGAAAGCAUUAUGAAUGCGGCUCUUGCCGCGUGUGCGCAUUCAGCCGACGGGGCGGAGAAGAGGAGGAUCGGUGGAAGAGAGCUCCCCUCCCAGCGCUGGAAAAAGGUAAGUUUUAACCCCUUUCCCCUUUCCAGAGCCGGACGGGAGGGGGUCCCUGAGGGUGGGGGCACCCUCAGGGCACUAUAGUGCCAGGAAAACGAGUAUGUUUUCCUGGCACUAUAGUGGUCCUUUAAUUGCGCAUAGGGAUUUGGGAUAAAACGCAAGUAGCUUUUUUUCUUUGGUUUUUAUUGUAUGUAUUGGGGCUGAUGUGUUCUAUAAUAAUCAUUGCUGUCGUUCAGGAUUAGUGGGAGUUUGAGCGCAGGGCUCAAUUUUGUAAGUUCAGAUCUGUUAGCAGCCCUUGUUGGCACAAUAUGUUUUUUUUUAAUGUUUGUUCCACAUACAAGCUAGAUCAGUUCCACUAAAUUACUUUCGUGCUGCCUCACCCGCAGUCCAGUCUAUUUGAGAGGCUCAAAGGUUGGCGUUGCCUCGUGCCCGGAAUGUUUUGCCAAUUUCUAUAAUGAGUGUCCUCCAAGCAGGCAGCAUCUGCUUUAAUGAUUUUAGUUUGAAUCCAGAAACCGCGGCCAAUCAGACAAUUCUUCGUGACAUUGAGGUCUGUUUGUUCCAGACACAGACAGUGUUUGCUUUGCUGCCAGGAUCCAGCGAGAGUAAUAAAGAAAAAAGCAGCACUGGGCAUUUGACAAUAUUCAAAUUUUUUUUUUUUUUACGUCAGAUAUUUCCAGAAAAUGUUUGUAUAUUUUCCUAUGUGGCCAAGGUAGCCAAGAUCAGACAGAGCCUGAAGGACUAAAUAAUGAUUUUUUUUUAAUAGAAAAAAAAAAGAAAGAUUGCAGUUAGAAACUUAGGAGGUUGCAUGGCCUUGUUUGGGCUCCUGAAUUAGCCUGUCCUCAGUCAUCGCAUGCCCUCUGCCCAAAAGAGUGCUUCGGAGAGCCACGGAGCUAAGCCAGUCAAGGCACUUCUCCUGCUGGGGUUAUGGAUCUGAUCCAUACUCCUCAGCCACCUACAUCUUGGGAACCUUGUUGCAACUUUAAUAAUAUUAAGUUGUCUGAAAUGGAAACACCUUUCCUCUCUAUCCUCACCUCCAAAUCCACCUUUAAGACUUCUUUAGAACAAGUUUUAAAGCUUUCUCUAGCCCAGUUAGUUUGAUUUACCCCUUCUUAUUGACUCAAGGGGAAAUUACUAAAGAAAACGCUGAAAAUGUAACUUCUUUCCCUUGCCACUUCACCCUUUUUAUUGCCUCUCUUCCCCUAUUCAAGACAUAUACUGCUCACAGACUGUGCUGUCAAUACACAUACCAAUCCAUUUUUAUUCUUUGAUGAAAAUGAACUAUUAUCUGUGUAAUUUGUGUAAUUUUCUUGAAAUUGUAAGCUCCUAUGAGCACCAUCCCUUGUUCCUGUAAGUCGAUCGUGUAUUUUGACCAUUUUACAAGGCUAUGGAUUAUGCUGGUGCUUUGUAAAUAGCAAUGUAAAUGCAAAAACAUUCCUUCUAUGCAUCUAUCCGUCCCUCUCUCUCCACUCCGUCCUACACUAGUUUUAAAACCUGUAUUAAAGAUUGAAAGAUCAGCAGAUUAGCGGGUGACCAGGUGCAUGCUUGGAUCAGGUACAUUCAAACACCUCAGACAGGUAAUUUGCAUGCAAAUGUGAAUAAUAUGAAAAACAUUUCAACACAACAUAUUACCAAGACUUUUCACUUUUGUUUCUUGAAACAGACUCACUAAUAAUACCUUAAUAUAAAAACCAUGGAUAUAGAAGUGUUGGAAGCUAACUAAUCCCCUAUUAUGAGACACGUCUCUCCGUACCAUGUACAGAUAGCUGCAGCAGCAUGUUUGGUAUUUUUUGGGGAGCAGUGUGCACUAUGUACAGUCACAUCCAAAAAUGCACUUAUUGCUGUUUCUGCAUGCCGGGUUCAGGGAAUAUAAAGACUAAACCUGCAUCUUACCCUAGCUUCCAGGCAGUGCUACAGCAGCUAAGGUGAGCUCAGAUUUCCUUAUCUUCUGUCAUUCCAGUCGCGGGCUUUCCUGGCCCCUAUCGGACACCAUUGCUCUGUUAUCUGAGCUGUCAUUGUACAAUGUUCUAAAGUAGUAGGAUUUGUUUUUGAUGGCAUAACAUCUUUUAGAAAGAAGACAUAAAUUCAAAGUAAAAUCCACUGUCAGUGCAUGGAGGAGAACUUGAUCGGAUUGCUUUGCGCACAAAAUCAAAUACAUUUUUGACCUGAUAUUUUUCUAAAGCAGGCUAUUAGAGGCUCUCCGAGCUGUCCCAGACAUUUGCCCAAACAGAUGCAGAGAAAUGGAACAAUAUGGAAAAAUGUUAUAAAAAUACAUUUUAAGAAUCAUAUUAUUUGUUACAGCAGCGAUGGUCAAAAGCCAUGUCUUCAAAUAUUGUACUACAUGUACCUUGGUGAUGGGGGCAGACUGUUAUUUAAUUUGCUGAUUGUCUUUUCACGCAAUUUUAAAAACCAUCUUUAUCUGUUUACUUUGAAGAAGCACGUCUAGGCUGGAUUUAAAAUCAGCUUGGCUAUUUCUAGCAUUGUCUAUCCAUAUAUGGCAAAUUCUCCUGAUUGUCCUGUUAAACAAGUUCUCAGUAAGUCCUGAUAAUGCUUCGCUUAAACCUCUCAAUAGGUUAACGCUAAUCUGUAUUUACAUUUAAUUAUCCUUCUUGAAAUAAUUGACUCAAUUUAAACAGCCCCACGCAAAAAGGGUUAAACAGAAAAGUAAAACAGAAAUUGUUUUCUAGAUCACCGGUUCUGCUAUAAUGGUUUGGCUCACAGAGGCGGAUAUCCAUGUGUGGUAAUGUUACUGACUGUAGAACCAUUCUCUAGGGAUCACAGCAAUCAAAGCGUUUGCUAGGACAAUGUCAUAGUUCUACAUCAAUUGACGUAUAAGAACCCUUAACUUGAAAUAGAAUUACCUGACAACUGUAAGGCUAACCCUCUCUGAGCUAAAAGACCUACUAGCAUGUUUGUCAAAGGUUGCCCUUCCCAUCCUUAGAGCGAUAUAAUGCUUUGACCCAGGUUAUGGACUGUGGCAGCAGGUUUUGGUCCCAUUUACUUCCAAGCAAAGGAAAAUAAGGCUUUUAACAUCCCACAAAUGAAAAUCAAAUAAUUUUCACAGCAAUCCUUGCCUAGUGACCCAUAAGAUUAGACAAUCGAUCAGUUUCAACCUGGCUGCCUCUUUUCAGAAGUGGAUGAGAGGCCAACUAAUCAUUAUUUACUGGUCAAACCAGCCAAGCCAUCAAGCACAAGACAUUAAUGUCAAAACUUUAAUCUAAGGUGCCCAAGAUUGUAUCUCUGUAAAGGCUGCUUAUAAGAUAGCUCUAUAAUUUGGUAUCCUGUGUACACUGAUCAGCCAGAACAUUGAAACCACUGACAGGUGGCGUGAAUAAAAUUGAUUAUAUGUUUACAAUGACACCUGUCAAGGGGAGGUAUAUGUUGAGCAGCAAGUGAACAGUCAGUUCUUAAAUUUUCUGUGUUGGAAGCAGGAAAAAUGGGCAAGCAUAAUUACCUACUUGGCUUUGACAAGGGCCAAAUAGUGAUGGCUAGACGACUGGGUCAGAGUAUCUCCAAAACAGCAAAUAUUGUGAGGUGUUCCCGGAAUGCAGUGGUUAGUACCAACCAAAAGUGGAGCAAGGUAGAACAACUGGUGAACCAGUGUCAGGAUCACUAGCGCCCAAAGCUGAUAGAUGCACGUGGGGAACGAAGGCUAGGUAGCACAGAAGAGAUACUGUAGCUCAAAUUGCUGAAAAACCCAAUACUGGCCGUGAUAGAAAGUGCAUUGCAUUUUGCUUCUGAUGGGGCUGCAUAGCAGCAGACCAGUAAGAGUGCCCAUCCCUGAAAGCGCGUUCAGUGGGGACAUGAGCACCAGAACUGGGCCAUGGAGCAAUGGAAGAAGGAUGUCUAGUCUGAUGUAUCAUGUUUUCUGUUAGAUAAGGUGAAUGGUUGGGCGUGUGUGUUGUUUACCUGGAGAAGAAAUUGCAGCAGGAUGCACUAUGGGAAGAAUUCAGACCAGCGGAGGCAGUGUUAUGCUCUGGGCAGUAUUCUGCUAGGAAACCUUGGGUCCUGGCAUUCAUGUGGAUAUUACUACCUAGAGAUUGUUGCAGAUCACAUACAACCUUUCAUGGCAAUGGUGUUCCCUGAUAGGGAUGUGCAUGGACAAAAAAUUUGGUUUGGUUCGGCACUUCCAAAAUUCUGGAUUUCAGUUCGGUUCCUCCGCAAAUUCAGCACUUCCGAAAUUUGGGAAUUCGGGACUGCAUCUCUUCCGAAAUUCGGGACUUCGCCACUUUGGGAAUUCAAGACUUCGCAAUUUCCUAACCCUAACCCUAUCUCUACCCCUAACCCUUACCCUAACCUUCACCCCUUCACCCCUAACCCUUACCCUGACUCUACCCCUUACCCUAACCCUACCCUAACCUCUCUCUCCUGUUUUGCCACUUUUCAGAAAUUCAAAGCACUUCGGAAAUUUGGCGAUUCGGGACUUCGGCAAUUCGGUUCAGUUCGGCACUUCCGAAAUUCUGAACUUCGGCAAUUCGGACCGAAACGAAUUGCACAUGUCUAUUCCCUGACGGCAUUGACUUCUUUCAGCAGUAUAAUGCACCCUGCCACACUGCAAAAGUGUUCAGGAAUGGUUUGAGGAAAAUGACAAAAAGUUCAAGGUGUUGCCUUGGCCUUCAAAUUCCUUGGUUCUCAAUCCGACUGAGCAUCUGUAGGAUGUGCUGGAACAAAAAAAUCUAAUCCAUGGAGGCCCCACCUCGCAAUUUGUGGCAUCUGCUGCUAAGGUCUUGGUGCCGGAUACCACAGGACACCUUUAGAGGUCUUGUGGAGUCCAUGCCUCAACGCAUCAGAGCUGUUUUGGCAGCAUAAGAGGGAACUACACAAUAUUAGGCAGGUAGUUUUAAUGUUGUGGCUGAUCAGUGUGUAUCACACAUAUUUUAUAUAUUUACAUUCCAUUCCAUAGUUGAAUUUGCUUUUGCAUGGUUUAAAAAAAAUAUCCUCAAUAACUGGAAAGUUUGUUACAACAUUUGAGGCUAAUUGAGGAAAAAAGACCCAAAGUUUAUGGAAUGUCUGUAACAUGGAACAGAUGGACUGAAGAUUAAUUCAUUAAUUGAUGUAACUUUGGCCACCCCCAACUGGAGUACAAAAGAUCAGCCAUUCGUGGCUUACAGUAUGUGUGGGUGAACGAGCAUUCUUAGUGUACACAGAGUUUGCAUACAAGGUGUGUGAUUAUGGAUGGGGUAGAUGUCAUGUGACACAUAGUAUGCUUUAUCUAGGAUUUACUGCUCUUAGAGGAGAAUCGAGACAAGCAAGGUCUUGCUUUGUUAUAAAGCAAUUGAUGCGUGAAUAGCUCACCUGCUUGAUUAAUCCCAUUGUAUAACCCAAGAGUUCAAGAUAAUUGCGUUAGAGAUCACCAUAAAUGCAUACAUUAAUCUCACAUAUUUAGUUUAUUUUUAAUCUCUUUGAGAGCUGGGUAACAAGUAAAUAUUACCAUGAACUAUCUCCCUUGGUCCUUAUGUAUUGGUACAGAUAGAAACAACAUCUUUUAUAUUUAUAUUCUGUACGCCGUACUGUAUGUUGCCCCGUACAGAAUCCCACUCCUUCAACAGCAACAUCAGAUGGAAACUUAACCCAAUACAGACCAGGAAUUGGGCAAAUCUUUUUACAUAAUCUAAGCUUGUUUGAACAGGACCAUCAUCACCAUGUGUUCCUGUAUAUACAUUUUUUGUUGUUUGUUAAUUACAUCUACUAGUUUGCUAUAGAUAGCAAUAAUUUGACACAUCAGGUGAGUUAUUUGGUCCUUAGUUGAAUAACAAGCAGGGAUUUCGAAUUUUAGAGUGCCUCUCUGCCUUUCUAGAUUAUAUUGGAACCAGAUAAAUUCAAGUAAAGUUUGACAUACCUUUCUACCCUUGCCACAGUGGCCUCACUGCAGCCACUGCUCCACCACUGCUGAAAUCAUCAUUACUAGUCUCCUGUGCAUGCGCGGAAAUCUCAUUCCUCCAUCAAUCAGCAUCUCCUCAUAGAGAUGCAUUAACUCAAUGCAACUCUAUGGGGAGCGUUUAGGGUCUCAAUGCAGAGAGUAAAGAUGCUGAACGUCCUCUUGCAACAAUUGCAGGACUGCAGGAAGGUCUUUAGAUGAGGUUGCAAGGACAGCCUCUUUGCACUAGAACCACUAUAUUAAAGGACCACUCUAGGCACCCAGACCACUUCAGCUUAAUGAAGUGGUCUGGGUGCCUGGUCCAGCUAGGGUUAACCCAUUUUUUUAUAAACAUAGCAGUUUCAGAGAAACUGCUAUGUUUACAAAUGGGUUAAUCCUUCCUCCAAUUCCUCUGUGAUUUUCACAGUGAGAGCACGCAAGCGUCCAUGCGCAUUCAGCCAAAUGGGAGGAACGGAGGAGGAGAGCUUCCCGCCCAGCGCUGGAAAAAGGUAAGUUUUAACCCCUUUCCUCUUCCCAGAGCCGGGCGGGAGGGGGAGAAUUUUCCUUUAAGGCCCUGAUAAAACAUUUAUUUUUUUAAACCAAAUCCGAACAUUGAGAGUGAAUUCCUUAAAGAGAGAAGCACAUGCACAUCAUUUCAAACUGAAGGACAUGCUAUUUCUUUUUUUACCAUAUAGAGUUUGAUCGACUGAAGUCUCCCUGCCUAGAUGGUAGAGUAAGAUUUGAAUAGCAGUUCAUCUUUCUCUAUGUAGAUAGGAAGGGGUGACAAAAUGAGUUUUCAUCUUCAUCUGUGUAAAUUUGUAUCACAAUAUCUCCACAGUAGAGAAUUACAAAGCAUUCUGGAUCUUUAUAAAGGAAUGAUGCUAUUAAAUAAUCGUAUGAAUCAGUCUAUCUGAUCUGUUAUUACAGACGUGACUGUAGAAAGAGAUUUAAUAAUAAUGAUGUACAAACCGGUUGUCUCUUUUCUUCUUUCUAUUGCUAUUUAGUGGAAUCAGACCAAUUUAUACUAGAGUGGUGUAUUUUGGGAUCCUGGGAUAUUGAAUGUAUACAAAUGUGUAUUGUUAAAAUCACUCCCUAAAUGUAGCAGUUCUAUGGACUGAGAGAGAAUGCUAAUAUGUGCAUAUUUGCAUCUACCGUUACUGCAAAUGUCCUUAAAGGGACACUCAAGACUGCAAUACAAUAAAGGGUAUAUGUUUUUGUUUUGUUUUCUUUCUUUAAAAGAUAACAAUCGUACAUUUUUCUCUCUUAAAAAUAAAUAAAUGAAGUUUACAUUUAAUGAAAAUGUAUGAUAUUUAAUGGAUGUAUAUUUUUUUUCUAUACCUUUCUAUCUGGCUGAGCAGCCUUUUUGAGUCAGACUUUACGGUUAUCUGACCAACUGCUGCUCAAGCUAACUUGCCUGCUGCAGUAAUUGCUCUGUGUGAAACUGCAGCAGCAGGCACAUUGGGUUGAGCACCAGUUGGUCAGAUAACCAUAAAGUCUGACCCAACAUGGCUACAUGGCUGCAGUAAUUGCUCUGUUUGAAACUUCAGCAGCAGGCACAUUGGGUUGAGCACCAGUUGGUCAGAUAACCGUAAGGUUAACAAGGCGACUUUUAAAAAAAUGUCAAAAAAUAAAUGUACAUUUAAAAAAUAAAUAAAUACUUUCCAUUAAAUGUAAUAAACUUGUAGAAAAACAGACGCGUGAAAAAUUUGACGACAGUCUGUUUUUUUAAAUUUUGUUUGUUCUGUAAUGUAUUUUCUAUGUAAUGCAUUAACACGUGUAGCGGAUGGCACUGGGCUGUCCUGAGAAUUACAUAUGUUUUGAAUGCAUUUGUGUAAAUGGCAAAGUUAUGUGUGUUAAAUGUAUUGUAUUCGUUUGAUUGUUCGGUAGUUUCCUUCCCUUAGUUUGGUCGAAUGAAACUACCGAACAGUCAGACCUCCCCUUUGUGAAGUGUGCCCUCAAUUACCCGUUUCAACAUUGUCCUUUGUUCUCGGGGGUGGCCGCCAUUCGGGAAACGAACACAUGGCGGCGGCCAUUUUAAAACUCCUGAACAGCAGUGUUUUGCCGUCGAGUGUCUGGAACUCAAAUCGGACACUCGACAAGGCGAACACCGCUGAGACCUCCAAAAGCUGUUCGGUUCCAAACUACCGAACGGCCCCUCAUUCGGUAGAUAGAAACAACCGAACGAGGAGAUUCAGGCGAACCCUCCCUAGUCUCUGUAGCUGGAGGCUUUCGUGCAGUUUGUUCCCUUACUCCAGGACAGACCGCAGGGCCCCAUCGCAUGGAACCCCAUUCGGCUGUUCUUUCCAGUGCAGUCGGUCAUUUUAUUCCCUCCAUAAAUUUCCCGAACCCCUGGUCUGAUCUGGGUGAUUUUUGGAUAUGUUGUUCACCCAGAUCAGGGCUACCAGGGGAUGUAUAAUUUAAAGUGGUACCCCUAGGUUUAGGGGUACAUCCAGAAACGGGGGGAAUUGGUGUCUUGGAUAAGGGGAUUAUGAUGCAGGCUGAGGGGAGGAGAUGUGUGGGAGGUUACCAGAGCAGGAUUGGCCACUGUACAAAUUAAUGGAAAUCCCUCCCUUGCAUGGGAGCAGGCUUUAUAAGGCCACUGUCUGAAUAAAUCUUUAGUUCUGCUCCUGAUACUGUGUGUCGUCCAGUUAUUGGGAUUGCUGUUGGGAUACUGCUGUGGUACUUUGCCUGCUGGAUACUUUACCCUAUGGAUUUAUAAUUGCUUGUUCCUGAACCUCCCUGGGAUCUAAAGUGGAGAUCUGCUGUGUAAUACCAGCUCUCCGCUACAACAUGUAAUGUGUGUAGCUAACCGCUGUCCCUUUAAUAUCAUUUCAUAAAUCUAAUAGCACAAUGUACUUAGACGGAUGCCUGGUGUGUAUCUCUGCAUCUAGAGAUAAAUAUGUCAGAUGUCAUCUCUUGCUACAUGUGUCUUUAAUAGUUUAAAGCCGUAAUUAGUCAUUGAUCCUUGCGAUUGCUGUGCAUUUUAUCCACUGGCUAGAUAGCGCUGUAAUUUCCUGAAGUGCUCACAUCUGGCAGAUGACUCUUCAGAUUGCCUGAGAUAGCUGCUCUUACAAACCUUCUCUUUAUCUGUACCUCCAAAGCCUCACCCUGCCAUAGCAAAACAUGAUUAACACUGGCACUUGACCAGGGUUAACCCUCUCACCACUGUUUCAGUGGAUUAAAUCAGGCAAGUCUUCACUUAGAGUGAUAUGUGGGGAGCAUUCACCACUUGAGAAUAAAAAUGAAUGAUCCAUUUAUUAUUCAUUACAAAAUUCUUUCGGAGAAAAAAAAUAAUACAAUUAAAAAAAAAAAACAGUUUGUAUACAUAAUGCAAGAAUAAAUGACAAAACAAUGUUUGAUUUGACGUGUGUUUUUGAGAUCAGAUCAGACCCCAUAGAUUAUAAUGAGAGGCUCCUGAGUGGCAGAACCUCUUCAUGUUGAGAGAGCAAUCUGCCUGCUUCCAACACGUACUGUGCAAGUACGGUAGCUUUAGCAUCCUUAAAAAGUGUUUUUGCCAUAAUUUGUUUUAAUGCUAUAUCUAAAUAAUACAUUAAAAUGGAAGGGAUUGCAGACAACUGUGCUCUUUACAGAAUGAAGAGCAUGAAAGGACAAAUCAUUUUCAAAAAUUGUCAAUAUUAUAAUAACAUGUUUAAUACGUGUACAGAACUUGCUUGAAUUCUGGGUAACUCAUAGCAAUCCAGCAUGUUAAAAUGUCGAUUUGGGAAUAAUUCCACCUGUAGUAAAUACGGUGACCUGUCUAAAGCCAGGUAUUAAAGGAACACUAUAGUCACCUAAACACCUUUAGCUUAAUGAAGCAGUUUUAGUGCAUAUAUCAUGCAUCUCAGGUGUUACUGCUCAAUUCACUGUCAUUUAGGAGUUAAAUCACUUUGUUUCUGUUUAUGCAGCCCUUGCCACACCUCCCCUGGCUAUGAUUGACAGAGCCUGCAUGAAAAAAAAAAACUACUUUCACUCCCAAUCAGAUGUAAUUUACCUUAAACAAUUGUAUGUCUUUCUCUGUAAAUUGAACUUUAAAUCACAUACAAGAGGCUCUUGCAGGGUCUAACAAGCUGUUAACAUAGCAGGGGAUAAGAAAAUCUAAAUUAAACAGAACUUGCCAUAAAGAAAGGAUAAACUUUAGAUGGCUCUUUACAGGAAGUGUGACUAGGGUUCAUAAACAAAGUGAUUUAACUCCUAAGUGACAGUGAAUUGAGCAGUGAGGCUGCCGGGGCAUGAUCUAUACACCAAAACUGCUUCAUUUAGCUAAAUUUGUUUUGGUGACUAUAGUGUCCCUUUAAAGAACAUUUCAGGCUGCUAUUGAGAUCGGCUCAUAGCCUCCUCUACAUUCUGCCCAGUUUUUUUACAUUGUACUAGUGAGCAGGCUCCUGUACAAUACGGGGUGGGGAGUGACAUUAUGAGGGGCAAAGGGAUUGACCGGAGCACUGGUUGAUUCUUAUAUUUGAUGGAUAGGAAACAAACCUUGCAAAUACAUAGGUUACUAUGGAAUAGGGUUAAACAAACUGAUUGUAAGAUUUGGAUGUUAGACAGCGCCUGCCAACCAGGGGUCCUAAAUAGAAAAAGAUCUCGCAGUCUGUGGUUUUUAGCAUUUCGAUCAUGCCAUCAGCGAAUGUAAACAAUAUGGAGGCGAGAGCAGGUGGUUUAGUGUCAGAAUCUCAACAUGUGGACAGGGAGUGCUAGUCUGAGAGCCCCUUGGCAUUUUGGGGUUCUCACUGUGUAAAUAUACAUGAUAUGCAGAAGACCAGAGUUGGGAAUCAUCUUAGAUGGUGGAUUUGGAUGGGAUUUAAGAGUCUAAAAGUGGGGAGGUCAGAGUGGAUGUUAAGACUGAUUUUAAAGCUGGUCAUGUACCGAUAGAUGUUCUAAGUAAAGAACGACCAUUUUGUGACUUGUUCCCGGCUUUCUUUAUGUAUGCUUAUUUUAUAAAUUAACUUCUUAUGUGAAUGUUUCUCUCUUUCUCUGCUUGAAGGUUAUAAAUUAAUUCCCCUCCCCGAGUAAGGAGUAAAAGAAAAUCAUUAUUUUUCCUGUAGCCUUCUUUACUCAGGCAUCAAACGGCCAGCCCUUGCUCUUCCCUUUAUCUCUUGCCAAGUGUAGACUAAAGGCCAGAGCGUAAUACACAGGCUUGAGCAUCGUAAUUCAUUGCAAGUCAUCUGAAAUGAGACGUACAGCUUAAACUGUUCCUUUCUGCCUCCAGGUGACAUAUGGAUCAUUUGAUUACACUUCAUUGCUGUACCUGUCGGACUACUCCAGAGACUUUGAGGGCGGGAGAUUUGUAUUCAUAGAUUCAGGAUCAAACAGCACUGUGGAGCCCAAGGCUGGUGAGUAAUCAGAAGUGAUGUUCAUGCAUGCAGAUGACUAUGUUAAAAGUGAGGUUCAGUCAGCAGGAAGUAUUGAGGUGAAAUCAGACGCCUUCCACCAAUAUUCUAGGUUUUUCCGUGGGUUCGAAUAAAGGCUUCUAUUUCAAAGAGAAUCUUUGGCCUAUACAGAGAAGCACAGCACCAGGUUUUUCUCCAGUUGUAACAGAUGACAAAACUCAGUAGUGUUUUAGUUUGUGAAGGAUCGAAGCAUACUAUUUCUUGUGCUGUUAGGAAUACCUCAGGCAAAAUGAAACCUGGAUUUUAAAGGGGAACUAUCACUUCUUUGGAAUGUACAGAAUUGAAUAAAACAUAGAAAAUAUAAGAUGUAUGGAACAGAAACUAUUCCUUUUCCUGUCCGUGCAUUUUCUAGAAAGCAGCCGUGAUGCUAGCAUGUAACUUUGUAAAUGCAUGGCUUUAAAUUCCAACUCUGGGGUGAAUUUCUUCUACUCGCCAUGCUAAAUAGCUUGGGCCAAACAUUGAGCUGUGUGUGUGUGUAUAUAUAAUAUAUAUAUAUAGUCCUCAUGCUGAUGAUUUGCAUUAACAUUGAAACAGCUGUCCAUGAGUGGUUUACUGGCUUUGCAUCAUUUCCUAAGUUGUUUCAAAACUGUUAUAUGCAGCAAACACAGACUCAAAGAAAUCCAUGUUUAAAAUGGAAUGAGGCAAAAAUUGAUUCUUUGUUAAAAUAAUUUGCAUAUGACCAGAAUCCUUUGCAGUAGUAACAUCACUGCAGAUUUGUGAUUUCUGUGGGAAAAGCAAGUCUUAUGGCUUGACUGGUGUGCAGAUUUUUGUUUAACAUUGUAUUCACUAUCCACAGACUUCAGGUGGAAGGGGUUUUCAAUCAAACUUUCCCCCCCACUAUAACCUAUAUAUAUAGUCCAGUAGAUAAGAUGCCAAAAUAUAUGUGUGUGUGUGUGUGUGUGUGUGUGUGUGUGUGUAGCACAUUUUAUUUGUUUUGUGUGCUGGUUCCAGAAAUACUCAAACAUAGGUAUUGAGAAAGAAUAAUUUAUUUUGGUUAGUUGGCAGUUCCAACCCUUUGAUCCUCUUCCUGCCUGGGUUAAAGAAAUUAUUAUUUUCUGUGGUGUCAGUAUAUGGAAACUAGAUCGUGUCCAUAAUGGUGUGUUCCUCUUCCAUAUUCCCUGCCACUUGGCAAUGAAUGUUUUGACGUGUGAUCAGACGGCACCUGGCACAUGCAGUGAGUCGUGCUUUCCUUCCUCUGCACUGUUCAAUACUUUGACUGCUCACGAGCAGAUUCAGUUGUCAUUUCAAAAAAGCAAAAAGUCCUGCAGAUUCCGAAGCUUCUCUUUUGUCUGGAACAGGAAGUCCUAAAGCAGCCUUUACUGCCAUGUGUCUGCUUUGGAGUUUUGAUAAGUUUGAUCUCUAACAUUAUAUGCACAAACAUCUUGAAAAACAGUCCUUUGGUUCUGCAUUGGAGUGCGUGAGACUUUAUCACCCACUAGAUCUAGGAUUUUCUGUAAGAAUUUCAGCAAACAAGUGCAUGGAACAUCCCCUUUACUUUGAACUUUCUUUUAGGGCCAUGCUGCCCAUUUAACAGAUUUAUUUAUUUAAUAUUCAAGUUGCCAUCAGUAUGAUGUAAUGAUAGCUAUGGGGUUCUGAAGCUCAGGCGUUUAAUAUUGGAAACUCCAGUGUUGCAUGUUAAGUAAUCACUGGGGUGAAGCAUUCGACCCACAAAUACAUUAUGUCUCAUUUUCCCAAACAAUGGCCAGAUCCUUCCCUCCAGCAUCCCCUUUCUCACACUAAUUAUUGGCUCUAGAUUAAAUCAAUUAGAAGCCUGUCGGAAGAGAUGAGGUGAGUUAACCACUGCACCAGCGUUUACUUUGACUGCUGAGCUGCGGCAAAGUAGCUAGAAGCCGAAUGCAUAUUGUAAAGAGCUCUUCUGAGAAAGACACAUCAUGAUCUAUUACCUACACCUACCCGUGUGAAGUGUUCCAGCUUUUUACAACAUCCAUUUAACAACUAGUGCGGGGAUUACAGGCAAAACCUGCUCCAUAUCACAAACCUUGAAAUUAUUGCAAAACAAGAGCCACUUUGCUUUUCUACUACAGUACAAAUCCAGAUGCGUGCUCUGUUUAUUUAAUAUAUUCAUUUUAUGUUUCCAGAUCAGAUUGUGUAUCUUUUCAGCACAGCUCAUGAUCCAUGCAACCACUAUCAUCUGAUCAGUCAUUUUCUCCAGGUUUGAGAUAUGUCUACGCUCCAAACACUUUACUGAUCGUUGUAGGGGUUUUAGGUCUUUGCUUAGACAAGCAAGUUGGAGGUGAAACACCUAUAGCUGAGUGAGCUUGGAGAUAAUUCAGUAAGGACGGUUUAUGCUGAUGCAUGUUGACACAAUUUCUACUACCUGCCCUGAUCUAAUCUUCUAUGGUGCCUGCUCUGACCCGAUAUGCUCCUCUUGCCCUGACCUAAUCUCUUCUUCCUGCCCUAACCUAAUAUAUACUGCUGUCCUUGAACUAAUAUAUGCUGUCUUCCCAUAUUUACAGCGACACUGUUAUUAUUUUCCUUUAUUCUAUGCUAUAUUGUUAUAGUAUAGUCUUUCUGGAGAGCCAGCUGAAGGUUGUGAUGAUUUCACAUGGUUAAUACAGAAAAAAAUAUUUUUCACAAGAACCUCCUACUGUUCCUUAAUCUUUCAGUACAAUUCUGUGUUAAUUUCUCAUUCCUGGGGUGCAGGAGAACCUGCGCUAUAAUAUGGGGCUCUUCAACAGCAGAUGAUCGCUUCAGGGAUAAGCGAUGGAGGAAAAACAUCAAACUGAGAGCAGAACAUAAACUCAGCAUGGGCUGCAGCCAGGAGAUGCGCGCAGCAAUUACUUACUAG